CGGACAUUGGGCGUUCGGGUUCCAGAACACAGAGUUUCUUGUUCGAGCCCUGCUGAUAGUAGCAGUUGGAUGGGCGUUCUGUGACGUCACCGCGUUCCAUUCCACCUCCAGGAAUUGUCUCUAGACCUGCGCUGCUGUCUGGCUCGGGGUGUUAGAUGACUGGGGAGCACGGGGACUCCGACAUGGAGGGGAUACUGUACAAGUGGACUAAUUAUCUGAGCGGUGAGUGUUUACCAUCACUCUGGGGCUAUUCACUAAACUGCGAUAUGAACACAGAAUAGCAACAUUUAGCCGAAAAUAGCUGAUUUGGGAAAAAAUCCACUAUAGUCACAGCCUGGUUGUUAUAGUCUGAAUUUUACAAUUCGUAAAUAAAGCCAUAAACCAUGUUCACUCUGGGCGAGUUGCUCACUGAUACUAGGUGUAGCCCAUCUCUGUAACACUGGUAUUAUUACUAUUACUGACUCAUGUAUUCAUUGAAAUUCACCCAGCAAUGGACUUGAAACUAAGAAUUGUUGUGUUUCUUGCUCAGGUAACACAGUGUCUAUCAAAAGCUUCAUUUGGACUCCUCCAAUAUAUUAAUUACAAUACCUCUGCUGGACAGCUGUUCCAGGCAUCUACCACUCUUUCUGUAACACCUGUUUACACCUAUUAAUCCUUUACCAUGAUUUACUCUUUAACCUAGUUUGGUUUCUGCUCUGCCUGUCCUUUUGUGUGACAGAUAAUGCCACACUUUUGUAAUUUAUUAUUUUAUGUCUGCUCAAAUAUUUGUGUGUUGAUCAAGCGAUAGGAGCUAUAGCGUGUUAUUUUGGUUUUUGGCAGGACAUAUUUUGCCGUUUUGGAAAGAACCCAUAUUUCAUAUGCAAAUAUACCCAUAUGUAAAUAUAAGUGGGAAACAAAUGCUACUUGACUGUUAAAGGAACACUUCAAGGACUAUAACUGGCACAAUUUAAGAAGAUAUAGUUAUAGUCUUAUUAUAUAUUGUAUCACACUGUCCAAGCCAAACUUUUUAAUUUGCAGUAACUGUGCUGUGCACACACUGUAUACUUGCAGCAAUGUCCCCCUGCUGAACUCGGUACUCUUCAGUCGUUUUGCAUGAAAUAAAUGGGAAAGUUGGAUUGGGCCUCAGGAGAUGAAGAUAAAACUCAAGCAAUGAUUUUAACCGUUUUCAUGGACUGCUUCAUGCACAAUAAUUAAUCUAGUAUGCUUCCUCUAAAUUCCAGCAAUGCAUUUUAUUCUGUCCUAAACAUGGCACUGUUCAUAUAAUGUCCCUAAUAGGAACACAAUGGUGGGGAACCAUUGUAUUCAAAACUAAAAUACUUCACAGCCACUUAUGCUCAUUGCAGUAAAGUUCACUAUUUCAUGUCAGACUACUUAUUAAAUUAAUAUUCUAAGCACCAUAACUACUACAGCGCAUUGUAGUGGUUAUGGUGCCAGGAGUGCAGGGCGUAUCUCAUUGCUUGAGAGCGAUCACCUGACACUCUCAGCCAACUGACAUUAAACUAAGGUCUUAGCUCAGGAGCUCUCUUUUCAGCAGCACGUAGGUAUUUAGCGAUGUCCAUCAUACCCCAGGUGAGAAGUCAAACUGUUACUAAGCAAUUUGAUUCCUUACAUUUGGGGGGGCAGGGAACCAGUACUGUAGUAGUUAUGGUACUUAAAAUGUUACUUUAACACUGCCUGCGCAUACCAGGUUCCCCUUUCGGUGAUCUCAUGACCCAUACUAAAUAUGGCAUGGGCUGUGUCCGUCUAUGACCUGUGAUCUGCACUAUUGUUAGAAAUCUAGGAGACCAAGAAGUACCCAUUUACAUCAUAUGUUAUAGGUCAGCAUGUGAAGAUAUACCCACCCUGAGUUUUUGACAGUUGCAAUUACUGUUCCUUGCUUGGAGCUGUUAGGAUCUCUCAAGGUUACAUUGUUCAUGUUGGUGUCUUAGAAACUUGUUUUUUUCUUAUCUUUCUUUCCACCCAGCUGAUUUGUGGAAUGGGAAGUCCUAAACUGCUGCAAGGCGUUGGACAUGCCCUAAGUAAGCUAUACUGUGUUUGUACAACCUCAUCCCCUCUGUUCCUGUCCAUCUAACUUGUCUGGUUACAAUUGCAUGUUUGUUAGUCCACCCGUUGUACAGCGCUGCGGAAUUUGUUGGUGCUAUAUAAAUAAUAAUACAAAAUUCAAGACUGGUAACGGACUAGGUUGUACUGAUAUUUGAAGUUAAUCAUUCAAAGCACCACAGUCCCAAGGACCUGAUUACACACUUGUUCGUGAUGGUAAAUGACAUAACAUAUUUCAUAUUUUCAGUUCAGCUAUUGUAGACCAAGAUAUAAGAUAUACUUUGAUUUCUUACAUUUCAAAUUUUAGUCAAUAAACUUGUCUGUAUUUUUGAAGGAACACUAUAGUGAGUUGUACUUCCCUUUCAGACUUUCAUCUCUCGCCGUACUGGUCUCCAUCCUGCUUGCAUACUUCCUUGUCUGAGAACAUAGAGAUCAAUGAUCCCAGCCAAUCCAAUGUUUUCCGAUAGGUUAGUAAACAUGCAAGGCAAAACUGCGAACUGUGCCAAUCAGAUGGUUUUUACGGAGCACCUCUAGAGACCUUUAAAAGCUGCAAUGUAAACACUGUUGUUUCUGCAGAACAGCAAUGUUUUAAGUUGCAGGGUUACAAACUAGAAUGACAUGGCACCCUGACCUCCUUCAUUGAGAUGAAGUGGUAUGGGUACUUCUAGAGUCCAUUUAAGUGGAUCUUUUACUGUUGUGGUUUUCAUUAAUAUAGAUCCACGAGUGACUCCUUGGUGCAAUAUUUGGUGCUGACAGCCACAAGAGGUGGACUUAAAGGGACAUUAUAGUCACCAGAACCACAAAAGCUUAAUGUAGUAGUUCUGGUAUCUAUAUCCUGUCCCUACAGGCUAUUCAAUGUAAACACUGCCUUUUCAGAGAACAUAAUCACCUUUUCAAUAAUGGGGUGGUAACAUUAGCAGUUAGUUUAACACUAUGGUGAUAGGAAUAUGUGUUUUCUAUUCCUGCAGCAUUAAAAUGACAUUCACACUGCACCCAGUCCGCUUCGUUGAGAUGAAUUUGGUGGCAGGAAAAAAAUGAUUGUAGUUUAAUUUUUCAUAGCCCAAAAUGGGCUAGAAUGUUUUCUCACCAUUUUCUCACGUCUUGGGUUUUUAUUAAAUCACAUAUCUUCAAUCUGCCCAAUAUGUUGUUUUGGAGAAUGCCAUAUACGAAAAUGCUGGUGAAUAUUUUAAUUUAAACAAUACAGCCUGGGUUAUCUAUUUUAAUGGACAUUCCUUAUUAAGAUCUGACAAAUGGGAUCUGAUUUUACUGCUUAGUGAAUUGUGCCUGUUACCCCUUAUCAGUGCUGUCUUUACCUAUGGAUGCGAAUAUCGCACAGAAACACUUUCAAUGCUAAUUUCAGAAAUGAUUCGUUACUAUUUUAUUUACAUGUUCCUGGUUUAUUUUGUUUUCACUCUUGGCACUUGGGAAUUUUUAACAUUUAAUCAUUUUAUAUACAGGUCAGCCUUUGAUCAAAGUGACCCGUUUUGGAAUAAUGUAACUGCCAGAAAUUUAUUUUAUUGCUAGCAUGUUUCCUAUAGGAUAUGCAUUUUUGGGGUAAAAUGAUCCAGGGUGUAAAACCACAUAAGAGUAUGUGUUUGUUUAUUUUUUUUCCCAUUCUAAAUUUUAUUACAAAAAACAAAAAAGGAAAAUGCUAAAACAGAACAAGUACAAUGCACCAGGUAUACUGGAGUAAAGUACUAUGAUUCCGUUAUACAUCUGUGGUUCACUGGCUUUGUAUCUCUUCCUGAGUUGUGUUUCAAAGCUGUUGUGCACAGAAAAACCAACUCCAAGGAACCCAUGUUUAAAAUGGAAUAAUGAGGCAAAAAUUUGAUACUUUGUUGAACUAAUUUUGCAUAUGUCCACCCAGAAUCCCCUUGCAGUAAUAACAUCACUGCAAAUUUGAGAUUUCUGUGGGAAAAGCAAGUCUUAUGGCUUGACUGGUGUGCAGAUCUGUGUUUAACAAUGUAUUGAAUAUAUAUUCCUGUGGCUCGCACUCCUGGUAAGCUGUAGUGGUGCCCAGUGCUGGUCUGGCAAGAAGUAUAGGAAAAACAAAAAAACUGCACUCCUGGUACUUGAAAUGUAAUCAAAAAUUAGCUUUUAUUUCAGAUAAUCCAUAAAAAUAUCAAUGUUUCUGCUCCCAUUAGAGAGCUUUCAUCAGGACAGACCAGAUAUCUCUAUCUAUCUCUGUAUCAGCAAGUGAAUAGUUAAACAUUUGCAACUUAGUAUCAAGCACUGCAGAAGAGAACAACAUGAGUUAUACCAGUCAUUACCAUGUAUGUGUGAAAAGUAUACUGACACCUAGUGAUAGUGCUAAGCAUUGUAGCCAAUCAUCCCAAUAUUCUGUUUACUUUGUCCCCAAAAUAAUAUGUCCUUAAAGGACCACUAUAAAGCCAGGAAAACAAACUCAUACCUUUCUCCAGCGUUGGGCUCCCUUGGCCCUGGGGAACUCUCCUGCUCCUGCCAACGUCACUGCCGCAUGCGCGGCAAGAGCCACACGCAUUCAAACCGCCUAUAGGAAAGCAUUUCUCAAUGCUUUCCUAUGGACGUCCAGCGUCUUCUCACUGAGAUUUUCACAGUGGGAAGCGUAAGUGAGACAGCCACUAGAGGCUGGAUUAACCCUUAGUGAAACAUAGCAGUUUCUCUGAAACUGCUAUGUUUUAAGCUGCAGGGUUAAAACUAAAGGGACCUGGCACCCAGACCACUUAAUUGAGCUGAUGUGAUCUGGGUGUCUGUAGUGGUCCUUUAAGUGUGUGUAUCUGCAUGCAAUGGCGUAGAUACCGCGGUCGCAGCCCUGCGACCACGUGCCCACUGCCAUGUGUUGCGGCCCUGGCCCACGCAGAGUAAGCGCGAAGGGGGGGCUCACGGAUCAAUAUUCGCAGCGGGGCCCCAUGGGUCGUGUGUACGCCACUGGUUCCCAGCUGAAGUGGUCUGGGUGCCUAUAGUGGUCCUUUAAGUUCCCAUUCUUAGCAACAUGAUGGGCUUCAGAACAAUGUAUACAGCAAAAGCAUCAUUGUCCUCCUCAUCUUCUUUUUCCUCAUGCUUCUCAUCAUCACCUUCAGAUUCACCGUUCUCCAUAGAACCAGCUGGCCUGCAUGGUACUACUUUGCCAACAUCACCCUUGAACUUUGCCAGGUAUGCAGCAAAAUCCUUAUCAUAUGUUUCUUUUAGUUUUGCUGCUUUUUGCUGAUAUGGCUGUUUGUCUCUUGGUGUCUGCUGGGCCCACAUGUUUGCCAGUGUUUUUGCUGUAUGAGCAUUAGACAGACCAGGGCUGUCUAUCUUUAUUUGUGGGCGAUGUUCAGAGCAGAAAAGGAAGAAUGCAGUAGGUGGAAUUUUUGGUGCAUUUGGAUCCUCUAUUUCCUUUCCAUUCUUCUCUCCUUUACAAGGUAUGUAGGUUUUCUUUUCUGGUUCAUAGCGCUCCUUAUCACUCUGUGCCAUUUCGUCAACCUUUGAUUUAUUUUUUUUUCUUGGGAAGACUUGGUCUUCCACCUAUCUGAGCAAUCCUUGGAAAACUCUGUGAUGUUGACCAACGAGUCUGGGUGCUUAUAAGUUGAUGACCGCUCUAUAUGUGCUCUCCACCGUGAAAUGCUUUAUCUCACACGCAACGCUGCCUUUUGUUUUCCACACUAGUACUCCUCACAGCAGCUUGAUAGUCAGUGUUUAGAGGUGAUGGCAGAGACAAUUAAUAGUAUAAUUGCCGUAACUGGUAACAUGUGAAGGGAAUGAGGAGGUGAUUGACUGAUUGUGAUUCCAGAAAGCUGGAAGAGCAUGCUAUAUAGUUAGAAGGAACCAGGGUGGAUAGUGCUUAGUAGAAAUGAGGUUGAUUUGUGCAGUUGAGCCUAAGGAAUAACGAUACACCGGUAUUUGAAAGAAUUUAGGUAGCUAGGAUGGGUAAGCGGUGGUGGUGGGGUGGUAGAGCCAAUUAAAGAAAUGAAGUGGCUUUGUUUUAUUAUGUGUGAUUCCUUAUGGAUUCUCUCUCUAGCAAUGCUCCGUUUUGGCCAGGACAUGGCUGCAGUUCUAUCUGUGGACAGAGGUUUCUGUAAGAUUCUCCGCUGUAUUAAAAGGCAAAUUCUGGUUUCAGAUUACUGUUUAGUGAAUAAAUCCCUGUUUUUUGGUUUUUUUUCCCCUUAAGAAAGUGGAAUGUAAGGUAGAAUGGACAGACACAAUGCAGCAUUUGUUUAACCUUUCUAGUUGAUACUUUACAUGGCCAAGCCUACAGAGUAUAUAUACACCUUAAACUGGAAUUGAAACCAAUCAAUCAGGUCUGGCCACCUGUUAGUAGUAUUCAGGGAGUUUAAUCAUUUUACACUGACCAUCUCCCAACUAUUUAACAUAGAUGCCACACAGCACAAAACAUUGUCACACAUUCUAACACCUAGUUUUCUUUCUUCUUCAAAACUCUCCAAACCUUUUUACAGCAUGAAACCUAAUUUUAACCCCUUAAGGACCAAACAUCUGGAAUAAAAGGGAAUCAAGACAUGUCACACAUGUCAUGUGUCCUUAAGGGGUUAAAGCUCUGCCCCACCUUUACUCAUAAGUUAUGUUGAAGGAACACUAUAUGGUCAGGAACACAAACCUGUAUCCCUGACCCUACAGAGUUAAACCCACUUGUAGGCAACACAUUAAAGUAAACCUCAGCGAAGUAUAUAUUUUCAUUUACAUAAGUCCCUACUCAUCCAGCACACCGAUACACUGGAUACAUAAGAUAUAUGGAUGGGUAGGGACUUAUGGGCCACCCUGUAUAUAGGUGCUGGAUAUUUCAUUUUCUCAAGCAAAAUAUAUAGAAUAAGGUUUACCUGCCUGACCCCUAUCAUCUUAAUGAUCUAUAACUCUCCGCUUUCAAUGCAGUUUUAUCUGUUUAAACCUAUUACAUUGUCAGAGCUACUUUAUUUUCUUUGCUUAACUUGCUUCAUUAGUUAAUGCUUUGUCUAGGAGGAUUUUAAAAAAAUAAAAAUUUUAAUGUCAAGUGGAAAAGGCGCUAACAGUAAAUGUUACUGACAGGUUGUUGUACAAUGAUAGCACUACAAAAAUCUUGUAGUGCUUUUUAAGAUAGAUCUGUGUUAUUUUUUGCUUCUUUUUGAAUGAAAGCACUGUUUGUUGUAGCCAGGCAAAAGUACUGUCUAAAACUGCCUUUUUAGGCUGACUUCGCCCACAAAAUAGCAAUUCAUGUUAAUUUUCUCCAUACUUGGGAGUAAAUAUUUUAAAUAGUAUUUACUCAUAUCUCUUGGGCUUUACCUCACUCUUAGACUGCCUAUUUGUAUCACAACCACUGCUUCUUGCAUGUGUGUUUGUAGACUGUUGUGCUUGUGGUACUUAAAGUGUUUCUGUACAUGACGCUAGAUGAAAAUAUCAAGAUGUGACGUGAACUAUUAUUCACCAGUUGCUUCAAUUAAAAAUUAAAGCUGCAGACGUGUUUAAAAUUACUUCGAGUCGAGCCUUGUUUAGAUGAAUAAAAAUCAUCUGUUUUUGAACCCUUUAUAUCUGUCACCCGAUUCCUGACAAUGUACUGUGGGCGGAAAAAAGAGCAAUUCUAAACCCAAAGUUUCCAUUGUUCCUUUUUGUUCACUUGUAUAAAACAUGUUCAGAUAUUGUUAAUCAAACACAGGCCAAAAUUCGAAUGAAAUGAGAAAAUAGGGAUAGGCACGCAAGAAGAGGCCCCUACCGUGCCUCCAGCCCAGAGAUGUCCAGACUCUCUUGGGUAACACACAUGAAAGACACAAACCCUCCAUUGAAACUUCUAUCAACAUGUACACUGGUCAAACUUACAUUUAAAAGGGAUGGUCUAAGCACAUAAUUUACAGCAUGCUGUAGUGGGUAUGGUGCAAAAAGUCCUCUUGUGCCUGUGUUUGGACAAGUUUAAUUGGCUGAGAAUAUUGGCAGACGCUCUCAGUCAAUUAAUUCGCAAAUUCCAUUCAAGUAGAGACAACAUUAUUUCUUAGCAAUAACCGGGUGCAGAAGGAGAGGGUGCAGACCCUAGAUACCCAGGGAUCCCAGAUCAGUGUAAAACUGUAUAAAAACUGAUUGACUGUUACCCUGGGCACUACUCCAGUGGACUCUUGGCAAGAUAACCCCUGCAGUGUUUUGUAGUGGUUAUGGUGCUUAGUAGUAUUGCCCUGGGCACAUGGUGUAUAUCUGUAUAUAUAAACAAACCAAGCACCACAGAUAAGUUCCCAAAAUAAGAGAAACAAAAACAUUGAAGGAACACUGUAGUGUUUGUGAACUAUAUACCGUAUGUGCUGUCAUAUGGCUUACAUGACUUUAUUCAGCCCCCUCUGCUCAUGUCACCCGCCUGCAUUUUAAAUGGUAAUUUUGGCAAACAUUUUUAAUUCCUCUCUCACAAUUAUCCUAUGUACUUUUUUUUUUUUUUUUUUUUCAAUCUUUGUUUACAUUUUUUGAGAGGCUUAAUUCUUUUAAUGUGUCACAAAUGGCUAUUCUCAAAGUAGAUAUUGGAUUCAGCUGAGUGCAGUACUAGUCACACCUUCCACCUGAUAUGCUUUUAUACAGUCUUUGAUGUUCAGUGGUUGGCAAGUAAGUUGCAGGUUUCACUGAGAACUUUGAAGUUUACUCAACUCGUGACUAGCAACUGAAACAGGAACGAAAACCUCAGGUGUGUUUUAUCAUAUAGCUUACUAAAUGGUACCAGUGGUACUAAAUAAUUGCUGGCUAUUCCUGCGUUCCUUGCUUUGUGUAAACCAAUAAAGCCUACUCCUAAUGCAGGUCGUCCUCAAGGAGAAAGAGAAAAUUGUACACUUUUCCAUUCACAUGCAUUGAUAAAAUGUUAAUCUCGUGAUGGCAGUGCAGACAGAUAUGCUUUUUAAGGGAAACUAUAGUGCCAGGAAAACAACAUUCUCCCCCCGUUGUGCAGAAGGGGUUAAAAACCUCUUCUUUCACUUACCUGAUUCGAGCACCGACAUCUCCACCUUGGUCCAAGCUGCGCCUCCGCUCCUCCAUUGCCGAUGUCAGUCGGCGCAUAGGAUCUAAAAGUCGCCCAAUGACCCGGAAGUCCCUCUAGUGGCUGUCUGGUAGAAUGCCACUAGAGGUGGCAUUAACCCUGGCAGGUAAUUAUUGCAGUUUAUUAAAAACUGCAAUAAUUACCACUGCAGGAUUAAGGAACCUGGGACACUGCACCUAGACCACUUCAUCGAGCAGAAGUAGUCUGGGUGCCUCUGGUGUUCCUUUAAGCCCUCUUAAGUGUCCUUUUUCAGCAUUUAAUAAAAACCAGGAAAGUUAAUUUGCAUACAUAGACACUGCUAAUGAUUUUAAAGGAACAAGAUUUUUCAUAAUUUUUCACAGUUUGGCUGCUUGCUGUGGGGGUUACAGCAUGGCACUCUUGAUACCAUAAUCCAUACAGCACACCGUAGUGGUUAUGGUUCUUAGGUGUGUUCCUUUAAUUUAUUACUAGCCUCACAUUUAAGAACUGAAGUAGUAAUGAAGAGAAACGUUCAACAGACAAUAUGUAAUUUGAAUUUUAAGAUGUGUUUAAAUAAAUUUGUUAAUCAUUCCAGGGACCUCUGGAAUAUAAAUUGAAACUUAACUUUUAUUGUUCACGCUCAGUUUUUCUAUAUACUUUAUAACCUGAAAGAUUUGCACUCAAGAAUUUAUGGUGCCUGGGGCUUAAUCCAGCAUUUAAAUUGUGAAAAAUAAAAAAGGAUAGCAUUCCUUGGACUUCUGGAACAUUAAUUAAAAUGUGACUCUUAUUGUCCACGUCUCAGUUUUUCUGUAUAGUUUAAUCAGGGCAAAAGUACAAAUUCUCAACCCACAUUUAUACCAAACUGUGAAAUGAAUAUAUUCACACCUCUUGUUGAGAACAGCAAAAUUGGUCAAGAGGUACUUCUAUCCAUAUUUACUGGCAUUGUCUAAAAAUCAAACUAUGAAUAGAAUUAGCCAAUUUGGUGUCCUGUCUCUUUCAAACAACAGCCUCUGUGGAUGAUUGGCUUGGUUAUUGACCAAGCCCUUGAUCAGCCUUAUCAGAGUUCAAAACAAAUUGCUUGCUAAAACUGCCCUGGCUACUACAAAGGCUGUAGCAGAAAAAUGGGGAAUAGCUCACAUUCCCGCUAUGGCAGUGAUACACAGGAAGGUGAGGACAUAGUAGACAUGGCCAAACUUACUGCCAUUAUUCAUGAAACAUCCAAACACUUUCACAAAGUGUGGAAUCCAUGGUUAUCAGACUUGAGCCUGGCACCCUAGGGUAAACUGUUCACUUUCUCUUUACCAAUUCAACUUAAUCUUAAUAUUCUUCUGUCUCUUUUUCUCUACCCCUUUUUCCUCUCCCCUCUUACACCUCUGGUAAACCCCCACCAAUUCUUCUACUUCCUUACGCCUUUCCUUUUAUUUUCAUAGGUCUUCUAACAGCGGAAAAGUGUAAUUCCUAGUUGGUCCCCACCCUUAUUCCUCCUAGAUAUAAUGCCUAUUUGUCAAUUAUCAAUCUCCGAGAACUCUGCUCAGAUUAUCAUGUGCAGAAUUGCCCACAUGCUGACUAACCAAAUCUGAUUACAUAGUAUUACUGUAGUGCCAUCCAGAUGAAACAAUAAAAGCUUAUAAAUGCAAACCUACGUAUACUAUAUGGACCAACAGGUACUUUUAUGACAUUGCAUUCUAAAUACAUAGACAUUAAUAUGCCCCACCCCCCAUUCUGGGGAGACUGCACACAAGAUUUUGGCGUGUUUCUGUGAGAGUUUGUGCCUAUUCUUCCACAACAAACUCAUCCAACUAGGUCUUUAUGGACCUUGCUUUGUGUACUGUGGCACAGUCCUGCUGGAAUAGAAAAGCACUUUCCCCAAACUGUUUCCACAAAGUUGGAAGCAUAGCAUUGUCCAAAAUGUCUAGGCAUGAUGAAUCUUUAAGUUUUCCCUUCACUGGAAGCAAGGGACUGUCAGAAAGCGGUCCGGGACCCAGAAGGUGCAUCUCAAUGUGGCUGCAUUCCCACGUGACAAUGGGAAUGCUGCCGAUUACUUGCCCCCUCUUGGCGCGCACACUGUCCUCACUCAGAGCACGUGUCGGAGCUGACAGGCGCCCCUCCCCUCACACAGUGGCCGGGUCUGAAAACAUUAGAGACGCCGGCCGCUGCAGGUCAGAACCUUUUUAAGGUUCUUAGUUAACCCCUUGAUUCCUAACACACUCACAUUCCACUGCCACAUGUUCCUCUACAUCCAAACAAAGAGCACGUUGGGCUAUUUAAACCUUUUUUGUCCAUUUCUCAUGGCCCUGUUGUGGCUUCCAUUGUGAUUGUCCAAGCGUGCGUUUCUGGCAUUGAUUCUUGUGUAUUUUGACCAUGCCUUGUUUACUGACUAUUCUGAUUUCUGUAUCCCUUGGACUCUAGCUUGUUUCCUGACUAUUCUGUCUUCUUUAUUCCUUUACCUUUGGCCUGCCUACCAUUUACGUAUACUCUGUAUUCCUGACCUCAGCCUGUUUUGUACUUUUCUUUUUAUUUCUUAAAUACGUCUUGGGAUUUUCAUUAAUAUAUUACUUAAGUUCUGCAUGCUGGGCAUGUCAGGGUAUCCUGACAGGGGCCUAGUCCAACCCCUGAACAACAGCCCCAUGCCAUUAUCCCUCCUCCGCCAAACUCACACUAUACCUAACAGAUAUAAAAAUUAGAUAAUAUUGAAUGAACAAAAGAUAACACUGUUAUAGUAGGCUUCUGAAUGCAAGUGAUUAAGAUAGUUCUGUUAUAGUACAGGCAAAAUUAUUGUUCAAGAAAAAUCCACUGUGUCUAAGUCGCUAUCACAACCCCUUAUUUGACACAACAUAAAUGUAACAGUUUAGCCUAGAAGCUUUAAAAGAGAGUAUCCAAUCUCUGCAGACAUCUCUCAACAGGGCUGCCUCAGUCCUGUAUAAUUGGUGUCAGUGUGUCUUUUGUGAAGGAGUACCUCUGCCAUUUGGUGUGUUGAGGAGUGUGUCAAUGUAAGGUAAGGGCGACCAUGAGAGCCAACUUAAGUAGUAGAUCAGGACAGUGAGGGCCAGGAUGACCCCCACCGACCCAGAGACACUGCAAGGUCUCGGUGAGAAGGUAGUGAUCUGCAGGACAGAAGACUGGCUGCUUCUCCCACCCAGUACCUGCAUUAGGCCUUGUCUAACCCAAGACUAGAAUCAAGGGCUGGAAAUCUUAUUGGGUUGUGAGUUGUCUAUUUGUGACAAAUGAGAGUUCUAAAUGGCCGAAAAAUCGUGUAAUGUAAGAGCUUUGUUAGGAGUUUCCCAUAGUAGAACCAGCCGCCCUGAAGCUCAGGCCCAGCCCUGUGUCCCAAUACUUUUUGUGUAUAUAUGACUCCUAAAUUUGUACUUUGGGACCAGAUAUUAUCACACGGUAACUUGCCCUAAUGAUCAUGGCCUGAGUACCAAUCUCAGUUAUAUUAGAAAUACUUUUAACAAAAGUAUUUGUGGUAUUGUUGUUUAUUCCUUUUAUUUUUGUUUUCCUUUCAUUGCAUACAUGAUUGUACUUGAACUUGAAUCUAUGUCUGAUGAUAUGGAAUGAUAAAAUAUCCAUAAAUAUAGAAUAAUGAAAAAGAAAAGGCCUUAACAUUAAAUUACUUCUCUCAAUAUUGUGUGAUUGAUGCUCUAACAUGCUUUGUACUUAAAGCUGAUGGUUUAUGAAUCUUAGUUGAUUCAAAUUGAUUUUGACUUUCUUUAGGACUGCAUACUUCUGAAUUCUUUAGACAUGUUCUACAGAAAAAGUAACAUGGCCAGUAUAUCGUAACAUUAUUAGACUAUUCUGGAUUUCUUUUGUUUGCUGUGUUGGUAAUUGAAAAUUCAUGUAUUUCAUGUAUAUGAAAUGGUAUUUUUUAGGUUGGCAGCCUCGGUGGUUUCUUUUGUAUGGUGGAAUAUUGUCCUACUAUGACUCCAAAGAAGACGCUUGGAAAGGUUGCAAAGGAAGUAUCCAAAUGGCUGUCUGUGAAAUUCAAGGUACCGUUUUCACCAAAACUGCUCUUUGUGUUCAUACCUGGGUUUAAAAAAAAAAAAAGUCUAUCAAGUUCAACCAUUCCAAAUUGCACAAAAAAUAAAGGUUGACAGUCAUUCUCUUUCCAAUCACCCUACAAGAGUGUAAAAGAAAAAAUAAACAAACCUUGGAGGUAAUCCUAAUUGUUAUACCCUGCAUGUCUUCCUUUGGUAAAAUGGCAGCCAAAUGUCUUUGUAGUUUCGACUUAAAACAGUGAGAAGUAUUGAUAUACAAUGCAGAGGGGUAGGUAAAGAAAUAAUUUGCUUGGAACAAUAUAUCCAAAUUAACAUUACAUCACAUACUGUAUCUUCAGUAUCCCGUAUCCCCAGUACAGUACCAAUUUUAAUUUCCUGUCGUGCCCACCAGAGUUUUUCUCCAAGUGUCUCAUUUAUGAGUAUACCAGAACAAGUCCUCAAAAGUUGAAGCGCAAAUGUAUAAAAUAUGCUUGCUAUUGAAAGAUACUAUUUGUGGACAUGCAAGAGUUCUUGCGUAGCAUUCAGGUAUUGCUGGAAGAUUGCAGAACUCUGAAAAGUAUGACAUCAUUCCACAGGAGUUUAAAAGAUAGCUUUCAAAAACUGCUUAAAAACUAGUUGUGGGGUACAAGGGAAGCAUACGCUCCUCUAGUCUAAAGCCUUUCAGGCCCCCAAGCCAUUUUUGGUGCAGGUAUUACGUGCUUCUUUCUGAUGCAUCUCUCUAAUGUGCAUCAGUAGGGGUUCCCAAUGCAUCAUUGACACCCUAUCUUUAGUCCUUCCCUUUCAGCACACGUUAGGAUGGCAUUUUUAUUGAGAUCCAGUACAAUAAUAACAGAGGAUACAAACUCAUAAAACUUAAUAAAUGUCACCAUGUAGACAAGAACUUACACGUAGGCCUCCAAUCAAAAUACAAUUAGACCAUUGGUGCCAAAGUCAACUCCAGUUAAUACUAUCACAAAACUGACCUGGAUUUCUGCUAGACUUGGGAAAAACCUGUUUUAGCUGAGUUAGGCUACGAGCCAGGGACGUUAUAAAUAGAAAAUGACUAAACGUUUCUGGACAAUCUUGUUUGUUUGGGGAGUUCGUAUAAUGGAAAAUGUGUCAUCGUGUUGUCAUCUGUAAAUGCAAAUUGUAAAAUUAAGGAGUUGGUUCUAAUCUGUAUCAAAGAGCUUACCAUCCAUGCAAGAUUUAGCAUUAUCAUGAUGUAGUAUGACAAACCUAUAUAAACACUUCAAUUAAAAUAGGACACAAGCAGCGGUCGCAAGACUUGGGAGCUCCGGCAAGCCGACCCUGGGGUUGACAAUCGGCGAUCUAUGGCGCCAGGUGCAGGGAUCAAACUUCUCAGAUAACUUUUCUGGCGGAAUGGUAGACCAGACCCCGCAAACGGCACCACGACCGCAGCCCAGCCAAGCCAGACGCUGCCCCAGUAACCAGAGCAGUACUACAGGAGCUCCUGGCAGAUCUCCAGAGAAACAUAUCUGUUGAUGUGGCGGCAGUCCUCAGCGACAUAAAAGGCUGCAUGGAGGGUGCAGCAGCCAAGAACACCCAACAGAUCACAACUCCAACAAGAGAUUGGAGGCCUAUGGGCGCAAAACCGAACACUUGAGCACUGAUUUGCGGCACUGGAGGAUAACAGGUGUCGUAACAAUCUAAAGGUGCGUGGGGUGGCUGAAAUGUCCAAGAUGCCGAACUACCACACUUCAUGAGGCGUCUGUGGGGGACCCUGCUACCCCCAAAACAAGCUAGAUCGCUGCAAUUGAAGGGUCUCUUCCCCAUCCCUAGACCCAACAGGUCCCCAACCACAGCGUCAAGGGACCUGGUGGUCCGAUUCAGAAACGGAGCAGAUAAGGCGGCAGUGCUUAACGCCCUGAAAGGGAAAGCCCUGUACCAAUUUGAAGCAAUGACACUCCCCUUCUAUGCCGACCUCUCGGGGAGCACUCUAGAUUGGCGUAGAUCCCUUAGACCGCUUAUCACGCUCCUUCAACAGCACAAAAUGCAGUACCGCUGGCACCCAUCCCACACGCUACAGGUCUACCAUGGGGACGCCACACACCACAUACAAGAGCCCCAAGAGGCCACGGCUUUGCUGCGCACCCUGGGACUUCCUAUAGACUCCCUCGACCAAAACAAGCAGGACAUACAGCGCACCCAUAACUGGGACCCAGCUCGGAUCACCCCCUUCGUCCUGCAGAACCCCACACCAGCACAUUACGCAGCAGUGACAACCUGAAUCCAGACCGAAGUCCCCAACCCUGCGCUCAUGGGGAACCCCAUGAACUUGAUGGCACCUCUGCUUUUUUAAGCUUGGCACUUGACCCCCUUGUAGCUCCUAUUACCCCCACCUUCAUUGUUAAACGUUGAAAGUUAGUUACCUAAAGACCGGUUAGCUUCGCAACACACACACCUCCUAUUCCCCCCGCCUCAUUCAAGACCACUUAGGCAACAACACCAACAGACACGCUGAGGCAACACCAAAACACGACUGCAGGGCAAUCUAACGGCACCACACGACGAGGCACAAAGUAAUGCAGUCUAGAGAUCACACAUAGGAUCACAGCUUACCUAAGACUAAAAUCCGAACAGGUAGUUAUCUUCCUCCGCUAGACCACCACGACGACACUCACACAAGCUCUCAACGCCAACCUAAUAGGCACACACACUGCAUAUUCAGCUAACCAGCGCACCCAGCACAAGCAAUAAGGAGGUUAGCCAACACCUCACUACUGGAUCCCAUCGUUCAUUUAUAACCAUGUACCUGCAGAACAGUCACAUUCAUAGUCUAAGUUUCAUGCUAACCCAAUCUGUUACUAGAUUGGCACAGUUUACAUUCGUAUGUUUUUUCUUAUUACUAGGCACAAUCUUUUCUUGCUGAUCAAACGUAUAUAACCUGUUUAAAAAAAAGAAAAUGUGCCACGUACUCCUGUCAUGAUAAUGUGAGCUUUGAAAAGCCUAAUGAUGCUAUCAUGGCACCACAGGCGUGUUUGUUAACCCUACUGUACGAAAAAAUAAAGAAUUAAAAAUAAAAAAUAGGACACAAGCACAGCAAAAAAAUAAAUGAUUAAAGCUUUAGCAGACAAACAUUAAAACUUGAACAAACAUAAUCAACAACAACCCAUGCGUUAUGUAAUAUGCAUACCAUCAAUUCAUGUUUGUAGGUGACAGUGGACCAUGGCUUAGCUCCCUAUAUUAUACCUGUCAAAAAUGAUAUGACAUUACCUAGAUUAGGAAUAAAAUUCCAUCUAGUUUGGAAUGAUGACUUGGUAGAGUGACUGCAUGCCCAACUGUCUAUUACAUUGUGAUUGUCAUCUUGUAAGAGAGCUUCAGUUAUGUAUGUCUUGUCAUCAAAUGUAUUCCUACCUGAAGGUGAAUAGUUGGCGUUCAACUGGAAACUGGGCUGGUCUUUUCUUUCUGCAGCUGAUAUACAAGGAAUUCAUUUAGGCACUUGUAGAAGAGAAUACAAAAUACAAUAUUUUUUAUGUCGGGUGACAUAACUCAUUAUAAUACAUUAUUCAUGAUCAUACCCCUGUACACCUCGCUCAUUGUAGCAAAAUAUUAAUAAAACAUAAACCAAAAAUCUUUUUACGCAGACUCAAGACCACUUAUUUAAGAGCGGAGAAUUUAUUUUCAGUAUGUGGUCUCAUGUUCUCCUAUGCAUUUUGGUGGUCAAUAGGUAGCUGUUCUUUAAUUGAAUUUGUUAUAUAUGCAGAUGGUGUUAGUCCUGUCCUUUUACAUUACAGAAGCUUUUUGAGUGUUGAAACAGGGUUGUCUCUUGCAGAGAAGCGGUUAAAUAUUAAAGGGAUUCUGUAGGCACUGUAUCCACUUCAUCUCAUUAAACUGAUUUUAGUGUCUGGAGUCCCCUGGUACCGUCAUUUCAUUCAGCGUUAAACCAUUUUUAAUGUUUUAUGUUGUAAUGCUAAAUAACAGUCCCCAGCAGUCCAUCUCCUCUGUGCAGCUUUGGCUAAUAGGGAAGUAUUAGCCUGAGCAGCAUUGGGCAGCUGUGAUUGGCAAAGAGAGUCAGCUGACUGCUUUUAGCCUAUCAGAGCUCCAACUGACGGUAUGAAUGGGUAUGACAACAAGGACGUGUGCAAUCUCUGUCUUAGCCAUGCAUCCAGUAUCCUUAUUUAGUAUUAAACUGCUCUAAAGUGGAUUAGCACUAAAUGGAGGGACAGUACCAGGGAACUACAUGCACUAUAACUAAUUCAAAGAGAUGAAAUUAUUAUAUGGACUACAAUGUCCCUAUUAGCAAUUGAUCUUUUUUUUAAAAAUACUUGACGUCUAUUGUCAUAACUGAAUUAUACAUUGAGUAUUGUUUUCUUGUCAUUGUGCUUUUACAGUUCAUCCUUCAGACAACACUCGGAUGGACCUGGCUAUUCCAGGGGAGCAGUACUUCUACCUAAAAGCCAGGACGGCAGCAGAGAGACAGCAAUGGCUUGUUGCACUGGGAUCUGCAAAGGCCUGCAUAACAGACUUUCGAACAAAGAAGGAAAAAGGCAUGUGUUUAACGUUUGAAACCAAUGUACAAAUACGAAGCUUGGCACACUUCAUAAAUACAGGGUGUAAAACAUCAGGAGCUUUCAGCUUCAACUGUUACUUUGUGUAUACUUGCAUGAUCACCUUGGCAAUCGCCAUGUGGAGUGUUUGAAUUAAGGUUCCAAAUGAUAUAGAGGUGUGGUACAGGUCUUUGAUGUGAAAUUAGAAAGGCUGCAGAACCUGGAAGACUUGAUUGCCUUUUAUUAGCAACGGCCACACGCCCUUAUUGUGGUAAUUGGAUUGGAAUUAUAGGCACCGUUUAAAAAAACAUUAAUAACAGAUUACAAGAACACUCGGAUAUAAAUAUGUGACCCAUAAAUACAGACCCUGUUAUUAAAUUUGGUGUAAAUAAAAAAUGUAUAUAAAAAAAACACAACUCACAAGCACUUUUUCAUCCUCAAAGGUUAAUUCCACUGCAGUAGAGUGCUGUUCUCAUUUCCACCCAUAGCCAUUACCCCAACCAAAAUUAAAUUAACCCAAAAGUAACAGGAGCACUGGGUCACUGUUACACUGAUCUCUCUGCUUCACAAAGUACUUACAUUGAUAUUUAUCAGGAAUUGGUUAAUUCCUCAAUAUGGUUAAAGUGAACCUCUACUAGCCUAGAUGGUAGCGAGCAGCAUGACGUGUUUUUCAAGCAAUGCUUUACUAACAUGACAUCUGUUUAAACGCAGAUUAUGAAUUAAAUCAUCCUGUGCUGAUCUUCCACUUCCUCCUCUGAUUAAAACUGGAAAUGGGUGUUUUAUUUUGGGCAGUGUGUUUUUCCUUUUUUUUUUUAUAAAAUUUUUUUUGUAUAUGAUAUAUAUAAUCUCCUGUGCCGAAAAAAGAUCCCUUCCAACUUGAGACCAAUUUGAGAUUUGCAGGUGAUGCAUAACAGUAAUUUUUAAUUUGCACUGUGAGGUGGUGUGUCAUGUUUGGCCUUCCCACAAUCUUUUUUGUACCUAGCUAAUAUGUAUUUGCACCAUAACCACUGCAGUUCAGUGCAAAGAAUCUGACUGCUGAAUUUUUAUUUUUGUUUUUUAUUUUUUAAUGUUUUUGUUGUCAAACUGGUAUUUACACGUUACUCUGAUUGGUAGUGAUUGGCUGAUAGAUAUGGAGCUGGUUUGACCAAUGGGUUAACAGACUUGAUAUUGGUUACGUGGAAGUGUAAAUGACCUAUUAUCAAGGCAGAAUAGAACAAAUGCUCUAUGGAUUCAGAAGACAGGUGUACUCCACCUCCCUCCCCCAUGCUCCCUUUGUUGUUUCCAAUAUUUGUGACAUUAAUAGAUAAUGCAUUUUGAAGGGCAUCUGUUCUGAAGAUUUCAUGUUUUCCAUCCCCUUUCUGUAGUUUAUAACCCUCUUGUACUUACAAGGUUAAUCCUCAUUCAGCGUCUGUUAAAACACAUGUAUAAUUUGAUGUUUUACUCGUCCUGUUUAGAGUUCAGUGACAAUACAGAUGUUUUGAAAAAGAAGAUGUCAGAACUAAGACUAUAUUGCGAUAUCCUGGUCGAACAAGUCACGAAAACAAAAGAAACCUCUGCCAUCAACUUUUCUGAGUCUCAGGUGUGUGGAGUUACAUUAAUUUUUCUAAUUGAUUAGUAAGGUGCUGGAUGAAAAAUGGCUCAGGUUUAGUCUUUCAAUGUAGGUGUUCACUCAAUAUAUCUACAAAAGGAUACAUAUCUCUACAGUCAGGGAUAUUUUUAAAUUUAAACAUUUUUUUUAUUUUUUUAUUUUAAUUUUUUAUUUUGUCUCAGAAAAACGGGAGACAUAUCUGAGGAUAUGAAAAACACAAAAGAAAAACUAUAAUGGGAAAACUACCCUCUAGGGGGCGCUCCCAAUAGCUGGUAUAGGUAUAACAAAAUACGCCGUUCUUACAAAAAAUACCUGUGAGCUUAUUUGGAGAAAAAGGUAAAAAAUACAAGGAAGAGGCACACUAGCUUCUUUGGUACUGUACAACUUUGGUUGUCCUUUCAACAACAAUGAUACACUGAAACUUUAUUUUACUUCUAUUACAAGAAGGAUACAAUAGUGUCAGUAUACCCAAAUGAUGGUGCUCCUAGAUACUAUAUUCCCCUGUAACGCUGCAUCAGUGCAGCUAAAUGGCAAUUCAUAGCAAUAUGAAUACCUGGGAAAUGCAAUGAAAGCCCUUAGAGGAUAAUCAACAGGGGGAUAAUAAGUUCAAAUAUGAUUCCUUGGAUCCAUCUAAGGUGGAUUGGCAAAGCAAUAAGGAUGCCCUAUUUGUAGGUAGAUAGGGAUCAUAGGUAAAUAAAGAAAACAAAAAAUAAAUAAAUACUGGGACACCAGAGAGGGAGCCCUGGUUAGAGGAACAUAGCUGGAAUAUCUAUGGAGUGAUAACUAUAAAUUGGUUCCUUAUGAGUAAGGAUUUCAGCCAUUAUGUCCUAGAAGAGGGAUUCUAGGUGCGGGGUUAGUUCAUCACGGAAUAUUUUGUAGUAGCCUCCCUAGAAUCCAUCUGGACCCAGGGCUUUACCCCCCUUCAGUGCUGAGAUAGCCAUAUUGAUCUCAUGCUCUGCCUCAGGGUGUGUGCCAGUUUUGUUUAUUCAUUUUGGUGGAUUUCUCGUAGUAGGUUCUUUUGGACCACAGUAGGGAACAUGCCGUAUCUUCAAUCAGAAGUUCCCGUAUGGAAUGUCGCAAGGCCUGGAGCUGUAGGGUUUAGUGGGUUGGAGUGGUUUUGUCUCUUUGUUCUGUUUUACGUAAUGUCUAGAGGAUUAGUGAACUUUAGGGUUUUUUGCUUCUUUUUGUGGGUUGCUAUUUUAAUGAGGGUACCUCUUCUCACCGCUUUAUGUGCGGCCCAGACAGUGCCCAUGGGGAUCACAGGAGUUAGAUUUUAAAGAAAGUACAUGGAGAUUUGUUGGCGAAUGGUAUCUACUACAGUCGGGUCUUUCAGUAGUGAAGUGUUUAGUUUCCAGAUCCACGGGAAGGAUGUAUGUAAUCUGCUAAGGUAUAUGGUAGUGUCCGCAUGAUCGAACCAUGCUAUAGAUCCUAUAUCAAUAUUUGUGACCUUCGAGAAUCCCUCGUGGUUAGUGAGAAAGAGAUCAAUGCGUGAAUAGGUGUCAUGGGGAGAAGAGUAAAACGUGAAAUCUCGGCAGUCUGGGUGUUGUGCCCUCCAUGCAUCUAUGAGCCCUGUUUUUUUUUUUUUUAAUAAAGCGGUGCAGUAGUUUUUCCUGUUCGCCCAUGCCGUGUGAUCCCUGGGCGUAUGCUUCAACGUGGCACCAAUUUCGGCUGCCGAUAGAAGUCACCACCUAGUAUGAUGACCCCCAUCAAUAUUGGAGAUCCGGUCCCAGAAAGCUGGUGAAGGGUUGUUGGAUGCAUAUAUAUUGAUAAUGUGUAUAGUGUGUGAAUGUUUCCAGCCCGUAGCCUGGAUGUACCUGCCCUCAGGAUCAGAGACCAUGUGGAAGAUCAGGAGUGGGCAUCUUUUGUGGAUCAGAAUAGCUACUCUGCUAUGUUGCAGCAGGCCCUGACUUCUAUGGCGACGGUAUAGGUAUGAUCUCUGAUGGAGACCUGGGAAGAUUUUGGUAGGUCUCCUGUAUGAAAGCAAUGUCUGGGUUCAGUCGUUUGAUUUCCCUCAUUGGGGUGCGUCAUUUACGUGGGGCAUUCAGGCCUUUGGUAUUAAGAGAUGAGAUCUUCAGAGCCAUGUUUGGGGACUACAGAGUAUUAUGUGGAGUAUUGUUAUGAGAUUGAAGGGGUGAACACAAGUUGAGGCAUGCAUCCACAAGUCAGCAGCCACUCUCCACCACCGCUCCAAUACUUUGGAACCCUUUGAGUCAAGCAGAGGAUAAGGAGGAAGUUGAUUGCAUUUGUCCGACCAGAGGGAAGGAAGGUAUAAGAAGAGUAUAGAGUGGGGAAUCAAGGAAGAAGAGAGCAAACAAUGUAAAACAUUGCAAAGUGAGUCUGGUCUUAUACGUCGCCAGACUGUGGGGGUGUGCAUGAGCCUCGGUUUCCGCCGGAGACAUAUCCAGAAGGAAAAGGCGUCAUUGACCAUUACACUGGGAGAGUCCUCCUAAGUCAUUGAGGAGGGAAAUACUAAAAAUAUGCAGAAAGUAUAACCGUUUGAUACAUUUCCCUGUAACGGGCCUAACUGUAGAACCAUGUAAGACUCAACUUUGUUGUAGGCUGAGAUCAUAUAUGUCACCUUAGACCCUGGUUUAUUGGGCAGGGAAUAAGGAAGAAGGAUGGGAGAUGGGGGGAGAGGGGGUGGUUUGUGGGGGGCCUUUGUCUUGAGCAGAAUAAGGUGGGGGGGCUUCUAUUAUCGUCACUUUUUUAGCAUUUGGUACAGGUGCAGUUGUACAGCUCGGAGCUUAUUUGGGCAACGUAAAGUAGGACAUUAUUUGCAUAUAAAUAAAAAAAAAAUCAACUAAAAUGUGCCGGGCUAGUGGGCCUAAUUGUCCCUUUCGUAAUAGUAGGUAGUAGUGUGUCUGUCUUUGUAGUUAUUGUUUGUUCGUGAGUUUCAUGAUGUUCCCUUUAUAGAUUUUGUAUGUAUCUGUUCGUGGGGUUUUCAACUGUUUUGUAUUGUUAUCAAUAUUCUAAUUUAGUUUAACAAAUAAAAAAAAGACACUUGGGUUUUUUUUUUUUAAUUUGUUAUGCCUAUGGUGUAGUAGUGGUUCCCCCAGUACAUAGUUAACUUAUGCCUUAGAGUCUAACUGAGGUGUCUAACUGAGGUGUCGUGAGGUCAAGGGUAUAACAGAAGGAGGGUAUCCACCUAGUAUGUGUAUGGGAAGGGAACUGGUGGCUCAGAGCCUAAGGCAGAGUGAGGGAGGUGUUUACCCUGGGGGUUCCCGAAAAUUCCACAAUUCGAACAUAUAAAAAAUAAACAGGUUAACAUGCAACAGGUAGAUAGAAAGACCUUGUCCAUCAGGUGUCAUGGAUGAGAGAAAAGGAUAUAUGCAGCUCACGGCUCAUCUUGGGUCAUAGAUCUUUCUGGAUAGCAUGUUGGGUUGGACCUGGUGUUGGUACGCUGCAGGGUAGAGAGGGGUAAGACCUGCAAGGUCCCUCUGUACCACAUGAAAUCAGCAGGGGAUUACAGAGUGGAUUAGGGAGGCAUUGGUAUGCAGAAGGUCUGUGAUCAGCUUCCAUUCACUUCUCUUCUGGAGAGUGGUAGGGGCGAGAUUUUGGAAGAAGGUAGGAUACGUUGUUCCAGAGCCGCCGUCCUUGAGCCCAGGGAGUGGAUCUCUGCCAUAACUGCCUUUAAAGUUCCACUCUAUCUCUCGGGCCAGUUUCACCAGGAUCUGAGGCGUGUCCUCUGUGAGGCUGCCUGGAGUCUGGGAGGCCUCAGAGCACGCUGGAGAGGCAGGCGUGUGCAGGUUGUUCUUAAGAUCAUCUUGUAGCUCAGGGCGCGAGGCUCGGCAGGCCGCAAACCAGUACAGGACCAUUAUACUCGUACCAGAGGUUUUUUGUGGAUGGUUUGCAAGGGUUACGUUUAUCCAUGUUUCCUCAGGGCAAGAAAACUCAGUGUGAGGUAGCUAUUAGAAUGCUUAAAUUAGCUGCUUGUUAGGAGGCCGGUGCGGAGCUGUAGACAAGCACGUCCAGCUUGCUUACCGGUCAAGCCAUGUCACCCCGUAUCCCCCCAAAGAUUUAUAUUUUUUAACAUGAUGUUUUUAAUUAGAAACAUAGAAACAUAGAAACAUAGAAUGUGACGGCAGAUAAGAACCAUUCGGCCCAUCUAGUCUGCCCAAUUUUCUAAAUACUUUCAUUAGUCCCUAGUCUUAUCUUAUACUUAGGAUAGCCUUAUGCCUAUCCCACGCAUGCUUAAACUCCUUUACUGUGUUAACCUCUACCACUUCAGCUGGAAGGCUAUUCCAUGCAUCCACUACCCUCUCAGUAAAGUAAUACUUCCUGAUAUUAUUUUUAAACCUUUGUCCCUCUAAUUUAAGACUAUGUCCUCUUGUUGUGGUAGUUUUUCUUCUUUUAAAUAUAGUCUCCUCCUUUACUGUGUUGAUUCCCUUUAUAUAUUUAAAUGUUUCUAUCAUAUCCCCCCUGUCUCGUCUUUCCUCCAAGCUAUACAUGUUAAGAUCCUUUAACCUUUCCUGGUAAGUUUUAUCCCGCAAUCCAUGAACCAGUUUAGUAGCCCUUCUCUGAACCCUCUCUAAGGUAUCAAUAUCCUUCUGAAGAUACGGUCUCCAGUACUGUGUACAAUACUCCAAGUGAGGUCUCACCAGUGUUCUGUACAAUGGCAUGAGCACUUCCCUCUUUCUACUGCUAAUACCUCUCCCUAUACAACCAAGCAUUCUGCUAGUAUUUCCUGCUGCUCUAUUACAUUGUCUGCCUACCUUAAAGUCAUCAGAAAUAAUCACCCCUAAAUCCCUUUCCUCAUAUGUUGAGGUUAGGACUCUAUCAAAUAUUCUGUACUCUGCCCUUGGGUUUUUACGUCCAAGAUGCAUUAUCUUGCACUUAUCCACAUUAAAUGUCAGUUGCCACAAUUCUGACCAUUUUUCUAGUUUACCUAAAUCAUUUGUCAUUUGGCUUAUCCCUCCUGGAACAUCAACCCUGUUACAUAUCUUAGUAUCAUCAGCAAAAAGACAUACCUUACCAUCAAGACCUUCUGCAAUAUCACUAAUAAAAAUAUUAAAGAGAAUGGGUCCAAGUACAGAUCCCUGAGGUACCCCACUGGUGACAAGUCCAAGCUUCGAAUAUAUUCCAUUAACUACAACCCUCUGUUGCCUGUCACUCAGCCACUGCCUUACCCAUUCAACAAUAUUGGAAUCCAAACUUAAAGAUUGCAGUUUAUUGAUAAGCCUUCUAUGUGCAACAGUGUCAAAAGCCUUACUGAAAUCUAGGUAAGCAAUGUCUACUGCACCACCCUGAUCUAUAAUUUUAGUUACCCAAUCAAAAAAAUCAAUAAGAUUUGUUUGGCAUGAUCUCCCUGAAGUAAACCCAUGUUGUCUCUGAUCUUGAAAUCCAUGUGUUUUUAGAUGUUCAUCAAUCCUAUCCUUUAACAUGGUUUCCAUCACUUUCCCCACUACUGAAGUAAGGCUUACUGGCCUAUAGUUGCCCGACUCCUCCCUAUUACCUUUCUUGUAAAUGGGCACAACAUUCGCUAACUUCCAAUCUUCUGGGACUACUCCUGUUAACAAUGAUUGGUUAAAUAAAUCUGUUAAUGGUUUUGCUAGUACACCACUAAGCUCUUUUAAUAGCUUUGGGUGUAUUCCAUCAGGUCCCAUUGACUUAUUUGUCUUUACUUUUGACAGUUGAAAUAGAACCUCUUCCUCUGUAAACUCACAUGUAAUAAAUGACUCAUUUAUCCUUUUUCUCAACUGAGGUCCCUUUCCUUCAUUUUCUUCUGUAAAUACAGAACAAAAAUAUUCAUUGAGGCAGUCAGCCUGACCUUUAUCCUCUUCUACAUACCUUCCUUCUUUUGUUUUUAAUCUAACUAAUCCUUGUUUUACUUUUCUUUUCUCAAUUAACUUGAUAAAAGCUAUGUUUUUAUUCCUAUUUACCUGAGAUGCCUACUUAGCAGGAGUCAUUGUUCCAGAAACUUUUCCAUGAGUUGGCUUGCUGUAGUUGGUGUUUGGCAUAUGCAUUUUUUUUUUUGUAUUUUUUUUUUUUUUGUGUACUGUUUUGUUACCUCCAGCUUCCACUGUUCAAAAAGUUAUUAAAGGGAAACUAUUGUGCCAGAAAAACAAACUUGUUUUCCUGGUUCUAUAGCUUCCCCCUCCAUCAAUGCCCCCCCUCCUUCUGUCAUUUACCUGGAUCCAGCACCGAUGUCCCUCGGCGCUGGCUCAUGUCCGCCUUCACUUCUUUCUUGCCAACGUCAGCCGGCGGGGGAGAUCUAAUGCGCAUGCGCGGCAAUGGCUACAUUAGGUAUUCUCCAUAAGUAAGCAUUAUUCAAUGCUUUCCUAUGGGGAUUCUGAUGACGCUGGAAGUCCUCAUGCAUAGCGUCAUUUAGGCAACCAAAAGUUGCCUGGGCACCCGGAAGUCCCUCUAGUGGUUGUCUGACAGAUGGCCACUAGAGUAAGAGUUAACCCUAGCAGAUAACUAUUGAAAUUUGUUAAAAACUGCAAUAAUUACCUGCUCAGGGUUAAGGGUGCAGGUACACUGCACCCAGACAACGUCAAUGAGCUGAAGUGGUUUGGAUGCCUAUUGUGUCCCUUUAAGUUGUCCUGCUCUGUUAUUGAGUAAACUUCUGCUCCGACUCUUAGAUCAUAAAUCUGAGUCUCACGAUUCAUAAAACCUGGUAACUUUAAAGGGAUAGAUUUAUAGUGUUAGGAAUACACCCUCUUCCUCCCCUGCCCUGCCGCUAAAGGGUUAAAAAAACAACAACUUUAUGCUCCAGCAUCAUCCAACAGAGGUGACCUAAUGCGUAUGAGCGGCAAGUACAUUAGGUCCUCACUGUAGGAAAGCAGAGUCUUUUCGAAUCCCUGAAGCACUUCUAGUGGCUGUCUGAUAGACAAACUGGAGGCAGUCUUACUGCUGCAAAGUACUCGUUGCAGUUUCUCAAAAAGGUCUAAGUGGGACAGGGGCACUGCACCCGACAACUUCAAUGAGCUGAAGUGUUCUGUGUUCCUAUAGUGUCCUUUUAAUGAAACCGCAUGGGAAUACAGACAUUUGCAGAAUGACUCCAUGUAGUGAAUGCAUACUCUUCCAUAAACUGUCCUCUUCGUCAUCAUUUGAUAAACUGUGUCAUUAACAUUAACAAUGCCUGGAUAUCUGCAGGCCUCAACAAAGUACACCUAUACUCAAGGAAUUAAACCAUAUUUGAGAACUGUGGAGAGAGAUGGAAAAAGUAGACUUUUCGUUAUGUAUUAUUUUACUCUGUAUAUUUACUAAACGAUAUGAAAUUCAUUGUGUCAGACUCUAGUACACAGGAAGGUGGGGGGAAAAAACUAAACUUUCUUGUCAGGAUAUAUGUGACCCUGAAGAAUAUUUCCAUUCCUUAAAGGGCUACUCCAGAUUCCUAAAAGCACUUUAGCUUGCUAAAGUGCUUUAUGUGUAAAGUGUAUUUUUUUUUUUUAUUUCCCAAAAAGUACAGAUUUCAUUAGAACUUCUAACUUAACCUUGUUGCAUGUCCCAGAGCUUCCAAUCACAUAACCUGUCCUGUCUGUUACUUCCUGGUUGUUUAGCUCAGUGGAGCUAAACUACAGAGGCAGCAAUUGCUCGGAGCACCUACCUUGCAAAGACUUCUUAUUGAACUGCAUUGGGGAGUUUGUGAUUGCAAAUUCUAGAGACAAGAGAUCUGUAGCUUUUGCACGCUCUUUUUAGAUAUACCCCAAAUUUAAAAAGUAUCAUUAACCCCCCUACUGAUAGCAAACUAGGACCCCACAUAUUUCCCCCCAACCACCUGAACCCUACACAUACCCCCCACACACACACACCACACAAAUAAAAGCAUGAUCAUAAGACUAGGGAACCCACCCAUCACAAAAACAAAAUACCACACCUCGUACACCACGAACACGAGUAGCAGAAAUAAAUAUAACAGAACAACCUCAGGCACUAGGCGUAGACCCGAAUUUCACCACACUGGAAAGCCUCCACAUCUACAGCUUAAACGAGACGACCACCCAUGGGUCGAGACCACCUAACUCUCACACUGAUCACACCUGCACGCAAAAACAAACACAGCAGACCAAACCCCAGACCCAUAUACAACCGAAAGAGAGACAAACCUGACAGACACAACACAGGAAGAGUCAAACACGCCCCCAGAGGCGAAGACGACAAGACCCAUGACCAAGUAACAACCUUUACCUGAGACAUACAAAAACUGAACUACUCAACCUAGAAGACUGACGGGAGGUUUCGCAAUAAACCGUACUGAUACCAAUGAAAUGAAACGAAACUGCAAAGUAUUGGAUAUCACUGCUACCCUACCCCUAUCUUUAUUCUGUACCCUUUACCUCACCUAAACCUGAAAAAAAAAAAAAAGUAUUAUUAAAUGCAUGUAUGUUUUCAUUGGGAGAGAGGGGAGGGGGACUAUUUUUAUAUAAAUUUAUAUAUAUUUUUGUAUUUAAGCAAUGCCUUUAAUGUCACAGUGGCAUCGUUAUGUUGCUAGAUGUUUUUCAAUGUCAUGUAUUUAUAUUGCAGGAAAACAUUGAUAUGGGAGCACUUUUGAAAUCUACAUGUAAUACAUUCCUGAAAACUCUGGAGGAGUGUAUGCAGAUUGCAAAUACUACGUUAUCAUCUCACCUCAUUCAUGCCACACCUCCGGGGUCACCGCACCUUUCUGUCCUGAAACCCAGCAAGGUACGAAUUAUGUUCCUUCUGUGCAAUUGUGUCUGGAUAAAGAGUGCAUCAAUACGUUUUCAAAAUCUGUUUGUAGCUUAACAAUUUUUAUAAAGCCAAUUUUAUUGUUUUAUUUAUUUAUUGGGGAGGGGUAGUAAUUUACUUUAUUAAACUGUUUCCUCUCACCUACUAUUUGUAUUUGGGUAGCUGGUGACAAUAACUGUUGCACAUUGAGAAACUGACGUUCACAUGAAUGCACUCAAAUACUGAUAACCUUUUACGCACAAACACACACACACACACCCUUUUUGUGGAUAAGCCUGUCACAAAAAAAAAAAAUUCCUCCUGACUUUUGGCAUUUGACUCUUGCCGUUUCAUAUCCUAGGUACAUCGACAAGAGAAGCUUCACACACACAAGUUAAAUGAAAUAUUCUGUCCUUCUACUGGGUGAACAGCUAGUCCUCAAGCCCUGUGACCAUGUUCUGUAGCAGUCUUUUCUUCUCCCUCAGGCAAUUGAAAACAGGGAGUGGUAGGGGUGUCAAGGCCACUGAAUGGGGUCUCCGUUUGUCCUGGUGUAAUGUGGGUGCUCAGUAUUCAGCUUGUGGGAAGAGUGUGUUUUCCCACACAUUAAAACCUCUGACAGGUGAAGUGUAUAACAUUGAUUAUAUCUUCACACUGGCACCAGUCAAGGAAUAGGAUAUAGUAAUCGUUAUUUUGGGACCAUAGGUUCUCCAGCCCCCUUUUAGUUUAAAAACUUAAAUUAAAUAAAGAUUACUUACUUCGUUUCCAGCGCCAGGACUUCUUUUCUGCUUCUUCCAGCUCCUCCUUCAUGAUCACCGAAACACUGCACUCCUACAAUCAGAUGUUACUAUCAGCAGCAUUUGAUUCACAGACAUGAAGUGCCUCGAUUGUCAGGAAGACAUUCACUAGUGGUAGAUUAACCCUUUACACUACACAGUGUGACGAUAUAUGAUGUGUCCCUUCCUGGUUUACAAUGAGUCUAGGGUCCUUUAUUGGGUUAUCUGUGUUAUUGAAUUAUAGAGCUUUACAAAUCUGUAUCUGAACGAUUUUGUAAUAUAUAUAUAUAUAUAUAUAUAUAUAUAUAUAUAUAUAUUUUUAUUUAUUUUUUUAUUUUUUUAUUUUUUUUAUUAUUAUUAUUUUUUUUUAUUAAGGUACGUCGCUCGACAUUAUCUUCUCAAGUAUCUGUGCAAAGGUAAGCAAUAAGCAGUAUGUUUCUCUGUUAGAUGCUUGUUUCAUUAGUCUUUCGUUUUCUGAAGUCUGCUGUGAAUGUGCAGCUGUAUGAGUGUUUUCCUACAGUAAUUCUAGGGAGCCAUUUACAUAUAACAAGUUCCCUGGAUUUCCAUUUAAGCCUAGGGCUUCUGUAAAAUCACACACUAUGAUCUGCAGUGCUUCCACCAUAAAAUAAAGGAAAAAAUGAUGAGACCAGGUUUGGGUGAGCUAUAGUGAGCCCAGAUAGAAAUGGCUGGGAGCUACGCACAGUGUAGAAGUCUAGAAUCAAGACCCUCGUUACCCUCCAUUUGGGAUACCAGUGAACUUUGGUCAGUACUCCUCUCCACAGAGGCUGUACAGUAUUAGGACAAUCUCUUAGUGGCUCGCUAUAACUCUGCGUAGUAAAAGUCCAGCCAAGAGAAAGCGGCAGCAGCAAUUUUCACACGUUUCAUCACUCUCAGGGAUCUGUGAAAUGAAGUGCUUUGACUAACCGGGUCUCACCUAUGCAGACCAGCCCAACUGACAGACAUGUUGUAGUAGCAGGAUUUGAUCUAUGGGAUUUACUGCAGGAGACACCUACAGAAACUAGGAAUAUUUUUGUUUCUGUUUAAUGUUUUCUUCAGUUUUUAAGUAAUAAAUAUUUUGUAAUGCAGGUAGCCCUCACUUUGUGACAUGCCUGCUUUACGACUGCUCAGACUUACGACCAGCUCUUUAGAGUUUGGAGGGAUUCGAGGGAUUCCCCACGUUAGAGAGCUGGUCUAUGUUUGGGGAAUUUUCCCAGAACAUAGAUUUUAGAGAUUCCCUGCACUAGUGUGCUAAUCUAUAUUCGGGGAAUUUUCUCCAAAAAUAUAUUCGAGGAAUUCCCCACGUUUAAGAGCUGGUCUAUGUUCGAGGAAUUCCCCCGAACAUAGACCUGCAUCCUAGCGCAUCCUCACUCCCUGACCAAUUCGUUUUACGACCGAGACCUAAGAACGGAACCCGGUCUGUAAGUGAGGACAGCUUAUACAUUGAAAAUGGUAAAAAUAACCUUUGAAGUGACUUUUGUUAUAGACACGGUGCAUUUACACAAGCAGUUCAUAGAUGAAUACUUUUAUCUCCCACAGGAAGUCCGAACUAAACAAUAAUCUUGAAAUUGACACUUUAAAAGAAAAGGCAAAUCACAAACCUCAAACAAUAACUGAGAGCGAGCGCAUGUUUGGUGUUGAUAUCUCCAAAUCUAUCCCAGUCAGUACAGUGUGCAAUGAGGAAUCCAUCUCCUCUGUCGGUAAGCUUGUUUGACAACAGAUGUAUUUGUGAUAAUUCUAUAUCUAUUUCCAUUCGUCAAGGAAGGAUACCUGUAAAAAAAAUAACCAUCUCCAGGCUACUAAAAUAUGUGUGAACUAUAAAAAAAAUAGGAGUGAUAAUCCGCAGAUGUAUUAUAGCGGCUGCAUAAUAACACAAACUUGAGGAAAAUAGAAUAACAAAUAGAACAGUCUAUUUGCAAGCAGUUUAAACUGGUCAAGAAUUGACUACAUUGUGGCAGUCAAUAUGAUCUGUAUAUCUCACACGUGGGCAUGUAAUCUCUUGAAUGAAAGCUUGAGUGCAUUCACAAUCAAGUUAAAUUCUCUGUGUAGCACCGUAACCUGGGUAAAACACUUCUAUCAUAUGUCGCAAGUGUUUGCCGAUUACAGUGCAGCAUAGACUUCAACCGUGCUAAUUUGUGACAUUGCAUUCCCUCUCUUCACAAAGUGAUCUUUGGAGAAAUGCGUGAUAUCAGUUCUUGUACUCUUCUACAUUACAUUUAUUAUUGUUUAAAGCCUUUUUAUUCCAAGUAUAUUUGAUUUUCUCUGACACUUUUUUUUUUUUAAUUUUGUUUUUCCUUUUUUUUUAAAUUGGUUUUCUGGAUUAAUUUGUGUAGAUUUAUGAGGAAACCUUGUAUUCAAUUAUUGCAAAUGUGUGCAGCCUUUGAAAAAAAGCGCUUAAUUUCAAUCACAAGACUAAAAAAAAAUGUUUAUAUGCCAGGAUUUGACAAAGCAAAAUAAACCUAUUUGCCAGCUCGUGUCCAGCAGCUGCCCUGGUGCCCUCCCAGUGUAAGUAGUCAAACUGUUUAAGGACCGGCUUAUUGGCUGAGAGUGUCAGCUGAGUGCGAGAAUGUCAAUUGAGUGCUCUCCGUCAAUCAGCACCUCCCUGCACGACCGGCUUAGAUAAGUGCAGGAUCUUUUAGGGGGCAGAGGAAUCCGUGGUGGGUGCUUGGCAGGACUCAGGUAAGUUCUCAAACCAUUUAAAAAAUGGGUUGACCACUUACAGUGAGAUGGCACUCCUAGCAUCGUAACCACUCUAGUAAGUGGUUAUGGUGCUUGAAGUGUUCCUUUAAAGUUAAAAUUGUAUUUCAAGCUAGCAAUGUAUAGAUGAAAUAUUGUGCUUUUUGUCACAACUGAAUGACAAAUAUAGUUUGGUGCAGGCUUUUGUACUUUUGUAUUGGGCUGAAACUAGUCCCUGAAAUGUUAACCGUUCAAUAAAAGUCAAGGUUUGUGGGGAGAUUUAUAAAAUUGCCUUGAACAGAAAAGAGGUGCGAAAUCCCCAGAGCUGUUCUUAUUAAAACAUUGGAAUGUGUCUGCUGAUUCUAUUGGUUUCCAUGGUAAUAGCCCCAUUGUUUUAGAACUUUGCACCAAUAUCUGAUCAGAACACUUUUAGAAGUUUCCUUGUGUGUUGGUUUUGUUUAUUUCAGUAACAAAUGCUACAAAGUAAAACUUUCAUUCUUAUUUCAUGCAGACAGUAAAGAUACACCAGAUCUUAUAUCUACACCCUCCAAGGACAUCGUUGGCAACCAUUUAGAUAGCGAUACCAAGACCGAGUUACAUUCCGUUACAGACAUGGUACAGCAAGAGAAGGGAGAAGGAGACAAGGAAGAUGAAGGAGGAGGUGAUGACCAAGAAGGAGCUGAUGAUGCAAUUCAGACUUUUUUCAGUGUAAUGACUCACAGGUAUUACUAAUCAUUUGGCUGAAAUAGCCUGCAGAUUAGUGCUAAGCUGUCACCAGACUGCUGGAGUGCAGUAAUGUUCGUUGAGUUUAACCAUUCCACUUAACAGCAUUGAAUAACAGGCUUGUACAAUAACAUUCACACGAACAUUGAAUAAUUUAGACAUUCCUAUCCCCAAGGAAGGCUUUUAAAAAAUGAGACCUAUCAUACUGUAAACUGAUCUAGUGUCUCUCUGUAUACCUGUACCUGAUAUUAGUAUACUGAUAGCAGUCAGUAGAAAGGAAAUGUAGGGAAGCAUCGCCUUCAAAAGUGUCCUCAACUCAAAUAGAUAUGAGAAAUAAGACAAAUAAAACGGAAUAUGGUGUAAUCUUUUUGAUAAGAAAGGAAAUGCACCUACAAUCUUCUGGAGCUUGAAAUUAGCUCCAGAUAUAUGCGCAUGGGUGGUACAAUCUGUGCAUAUGCUGAUCCUGGUCUCAGUCUUGUGUUGGAAGAUCUCCUUAGGCCGGUCAGCAGCAUGUGGUGGUCAGCGUGGAUGGAAGUACCGUAUACCCUUUUAUAGCAGUAAGAGUUCUCCAGCAUAUAAAAUGAAAAUAACAGAAGAUAAUGCUCUCUGUAUUGCUAAAAAAAAUAUAGAAAAGGAGGUAUACUUCCAAAGGGAGAGCACAGUAAAGUUGUACUCCGUCUUAUACAGCUUAGAUUGUAUCUUUCCCACCAAGGAAAUCGAUAUAAGAGAUGAAAACAGGAAGAUCCAAAUUUCAGUAAAAAACAUUUUUUAUUUCAAACUUAAAAUAGUAAAACCACAAUUUAACAAUAUUUUUUAUCAAUUUGUUGCCAUUCAGCGCUGUCAUGUUAUAUAUCCUACUUUUAAAUGCCAUCAAGCAUUUAGCAUUGCUGGUGCCAGCAUGAAGCACAUCAGACCAUAUAUUUUUUCCACAUUUUUGUAUGACGUAUUGGGUUAAAUGCUUUAGAAGCACUUAAAUGUUUAAUAUAAUCUGCACACUAAAUUAUUUAUUUUGCAUGGUAUGCAUUAUUAUACAAUAGAAGAGUAUUAAUGGAAUUAAAUGUACAGUAUGUGUUUAAAUAUUGCUUUAGAUCAUUUGGAAUAUCAUAUUUAUUUUUUGUUAAAUAUAAUUUUUGCGAAAUCUCAUGUAUAUUAGAUUAUUAUCUGUGGAGUUAAAUUAGGAUAUUAUCUAUGGUUAAUUCCUUUAUUAUAUGUUAAAGUAUUGUCAGUGGGCUUACAUCAUAUAUAUGUUAGAAUAUAAUAUGUAAUAAUAGUAGAAUCCUGUAUGUGUAUGUUAGGAUGUAAUUGGAGUGGUUGAAUUUUGUUUUAUAUUGGAAUCUGAUCUUUUUGCCUUUUUUUUUUUUUUUUUUUAAGGUUCAGUGAUAUUAUACUGGAUGAAGAUGAUGGCAUACCAACGCAAGAUUUCUUGGAUUCUUGUUACGCAGUGGUCCCAGUUCUGGGUAGGUCCAGUUUGGCCAUACAUAAUAUUUUAUAAUGUUUGCCCUUAUUCCUAAUAAAUCAUAUCCAGCCCAGCAUAUCCAGCCAGAUGUCCCAGGCCGCAGGUGGACCUAAUCCCUGCAUAUGCUUCUGAAUGAUAUGACAGAAUCCAUUAUGAAAAUGCAAAACACAUCAGUAGCCCUUGGUUUUAUAACUGUAGUGCAAUGAUCUGGUGCAUGGUCAUCAUUUGACAGCAUGACCCAUUACUUCUCAGUUUUACUUAUGUGCUGGUUUCAUAUUUGUCCGAGUGUCUUCAAAAUGAGAAAAGUUUAUGACUUUAUAUGAAUGAGGCACCAGUUUAUGUUUAUGUGCUUAAAUACACAUAAUGUUAGUAGAUGAACAGCGUGACAUCUUCAGACCUGGCCACGUUGGAAUGUAACCUUGAUAAGACAAAUCAAAUAUUGACAGAUAUGCCUACAUAGCUCUCGCAUAUGGCUUUUAUCUGUGGCUUGUAAGGGCAUUAAAGCAUGGAGCUAAAUGGCUUCAUGUCUCCAAACUGUGUCCAAUAAUUAAUUUAAGAGCUUUUUAUUCCUACUAGUAUAUGAUAUUGAUAUUCUAUAAUUCCAGUAAAUGACUGAAAUAAAUCUUUGAUUAAAUCCAAUUGGCUUGAGGUGUGUGUGUCUCCAAAAAUACUUAUUUUUAAACAUGUAUUAUAAGAACACUAUCGUGUUAGGAAUACAUGUUUGUAUUCCUAACACUAUACUAUUACCCUAACCGUUUAUCUAUCCAGUCCCUCUGUGAUGGUUUAAAAGGUAAAUUACAGAAAUUCUUUACACAGUCGGGACUAGGGGAACUUAUUGCUGCCAGUUGUAUUAGAUACAACUUGAAAGACUUGUGAAUGUGAGAUGGACAGACUUCCUUGAGUCCAACUCUCUGCUCGACCCACUUCAGUCUAGUUUCGGCACUCAGCACUCUGUGGAAUUGAUUCUGACCAAAGUACCAAACGAUCUCACUACAAAAUCUCAUGGUCACUAUUCUAUCCUAAUUCUCCUUGACCUUUCCACUGCUUUUGAUACUGUUCAUCAUCAAUAGCUUCUUCUCAUCUCCCAUAAUCUCAGUCUACGAGAUAUUGCUCUCUCCUGGUGCUCCUCCUACCUCUCCCACCACUCUUUUAGUGUUUCUUUUUCUGUCUCUGCCUCUUCCCCCAACCCCUCUCUGUUGGUGUCCCCCAAGGUUCAGUCCCCUACUGGUCUCGAUCUAUACUGCCUCCUUUGGUAAACUCAUCAGCUUCUUUGGCUUCCAAUAUCACUUCUAUGCGGAUGACACGCAAAUCUAUCUGCCCUCCCCCGAUCUCUCCCCUCCCCUCUUGACCAGUGUUUCUGACUGCAUCUCUGCUAUUUCUAACUGGAUGGCUGCCCACUUCCUUGAGCUCAACUUGUCCAACCUCUCCUUCACCCCUCAUGUCUAGUCGUUCGACAAAUCCUGCUGCUUCCAUCUCAAAAACAUUGCGGGCAUCCGCCCCUACUUAAUGCCCAAUGUGGCUAAGGUGCUGGUCCAUGCCACUGUCCUCUCUCGCCUUAACUACUGCAAUCCGCUUCUCAGUGGUCUUACGUGCUCCCAACUUGCGCCGUUACACUCUAUUAUGAACGCGGCAGCGAGGCUCACCUUCCUGUCCACCCGCAUUUCCCACGACUCACCCCUCUGUCAGUCUCUGCAUUGGCUUCCCAUAAGAUAUAGGGCUCAAUAUAAAAUUCUGGUUCUUUCUUUCAAAUCUCUACAUAAUGCUACUCCCACCUAUCUAUCCCCCCUAAUACACAAGUAUGUCCCGUCUAGGCCACUACACUCUGCUGAAGAUCCUCUGUUCAUACUCUCACCUCUGAUGCUCACAUUCAAGACUUCUCUAGGACUGCACCGUUCCUGGGGAACUCCAUUCCCUUUUCCGCUAGAUGUUGACCCAGUCUCAACUUUUUUUUUUUUUUUUUUUUAAUCAUUAAAAACUCACCUUUUCACAAAAGUAUAUCAUUUAAACUGUUUAUGGCUCCCAUUUGAUUCAUCUCCUGCAACUAUCAUAAAAAAAAUAAAAUAAAAACAACCCUGACAUUCUUCAUUGAAUACUAUUCUACCAAUCUACUUCACUAAUACUUCCCUUACCUUUUGUGUCAUUUUACCCCACUACCUCUAGCAUGUAAGCUCAUUGAGCAGGGCCCUCAACCCCUCUACUCCUGUACGUCAAACUUGUCUGGCUACAAUUACAUGUUUGUUAGUCCACCCAUUGUAAAGUGCUAUAUAAAUAUAAUAAUUAUUAUAAGCUGCAAUGAUUGUGUGGAUUUAACUAUAACCUAUUUAGUUUUUUUUCUACUGUGCUAUUAUAAUGAAGCAAUUUAUCUGAAAAUUAUUACCAAAAUCAUAAAAGCAGUGGGUACAAAUUGAAAGAGGUUUUUAUAGAUGGAAAAGCAUUUUUGAAGAGGAAUCUGUGCAAAAAAUAUUAUCAGUUUGGGAACAAAUAUAACAUCUGUUACACUCCAAACCUAUAAAACCAUCCAGCUUGCUGAAUGAAUUAUGGGUUAACAGAGCCCCUCUCACAGCUCGAUUAGACAUUGGUCACCUUUAUUUUAGGAUACUGUAGGAGCCCAGUGAUCUAAAAGUAAAAAGGACCCCUCAACUUUAGAAAGAUAUGUUUAAAUGGAAAUACUAGCCGUCAUUUUACAAAUGUAUAAUUCUUCUAGCAGAGGAAUAAGAAAUAUAAUAUGUUAAAUUAAGCGAUUAAAGCAGGCUUCCUCAAACUCCGGCCUUCCAGAUGUUGCUGAACUACAACUCCCAUGAUUCUAUGAAUGAAAUAGAUAGGCUGAGAAUCAUGGGAGUUGUAGUUCAGCAACAUCUGGAGGGCCGGAGUUUGGGGAAGCCUGGAUUAAAGUAUUCUCUUGUAUACCUUUUUGUUCUUCUUAAUAUUGGGUGUUCAAAAAACAAAUACUCUUGUGAAAUGAGUGUUAAGAAAUCAUACUUACUACAUGUACAGUAUUUAAUUUACAUUCUUUAUUCUUCAUAUUGCUUAUGUUGGAAUUUUAGUUGAUUUUAUUAUGAGUCAUUAUAAAGUAUAAGAUUUUUUAAGGACUUUAUUUAAUAUUGUUGAAUAAGUUUUCCAAAUGAUUUCAUAUUUUUGCAUAAACUUUUAAAAUGUAUAUAUUUAUAUAUGGUGUACAUAUUUAGAUAUUUUCAUAAAUAGAAAAAUAUCAUUUGAAAAGCGUAUCCAACACUAUUAAAUCAGCACUACAAAAAUUGUCUGAAAAUCUAACUUUAUUAAAAUUAGUUUUUUUGUUUGUUUUUUGCACCUCCUGUGUAUAUUUAAAGAGAUUGCAAUUUAAACAGAAAAAAAGCAAUAGUGUGAGGAAAAGUGAUUGUAUUUGGCUGAUUAAUAGCUGCUAUUGUAUUGAGUGAAAAGGACUCAUGCAAGCUAUUGAAUUGUGUUUAACUUCAAACUAGAUCUGACAAAGCACAGCAUUGAGAACGUAUUGAUUUUUCGCCACAAAAGCUUAACAGUCUGUUUGUUUGUUUUUUCCCUAGAUAAGCUUGGAUCAACUGUGUUUGCUCCUGUUAAAAUGGACUUUGUGGGAAAUAUUAAGGUGAGAUUUGCGAGAGAGAACUUUUAAUUUAUUAUAGAAAAUAUCAGAAUAUAAUAUUUUUUUCUGUUUAUUACAAAUAAACGUAUAAGUUAAUAUCAAGCACGAAAUAAAGAAUCUGCAAAAUAAAUAGCUUCUUCUACUCAUUUAAAAUAAGGGUUAUUCAUUGAAGUGGAACCUAAUGAAAAUACAAAAUUAAUUUAAAAUUUUCUGUCUCCAGUAUGGCCAUUUUUAAAUUCUUGACAUCUCCCACAUUAAUGAAUAACCUUGAGCAUAGUUAUUUUAAUUCUGUCUUCUGGAAUCAUGGAACAUUUGCUCGUAUGUUAAUGAUAUUUUCAGACGUAUCUUGGAUGUAGGCAGCUUUAUUUCCCUUUAACUCCAGCAUGGGUUAUUUCAGUUCAAUCCCACAUUAAUGUCUGUUAAUUCCGGAUCAAGCUCUAAUGCACUUGAUCUGAGAAUAUUUAACUGCAAGUGCUAUAAAAUAUAUUUUGCGUUAAAAUAUUAAACGGCUCCAGUAUCAAUGCUGUGAGCAAAAGGUGAAUAAUGCGUUUGUUAAAAUUCUUCCUGCACAAGAUACUUGAAUGUAUUUAUUUAUUGAGUUUUGAAAGUGGAUAGGUAAAUCUCUUAAUAAAUCUUUAAUCCCAGCCUACAUGUAAUCAUUGAGAUUGCAUAAAAAAACCUCUUCAUGGGUUUAAUUAUUUAAUUCAGAGCAGCCGAGAGCCGUUUCCCACUGCCCCAUUGAAACCUGCCUUUGUCUGCGUCAAUAUCAUUUUUAGUAAAACAUUUUUAUUUACAGAUUUUAUGACACUGUUUUUGUUCUGUUUCCAGAAAAUAAAUCAAAAAUAUAUAACUAAUAAGGCCGAGUUUACAACCUUGCAGAAGAUUGUUCUCCAUGAAGUUAAUUCCAACGUGGCUCAAGUUAGGAACUCGGCAACUGAGGCUCUCUUAUGGCUUAAACGGUAAGCUGGUUUUGAUCUCGGUCUAUCCAGCAAAUACAUGCGUGUAUGUAUGGGACCAAGAGAGAGUCCAGUUUAUAUAGAUGAUUAAUUUCUCUCUGUCAACAUCCUGCAGGAAGUCAAAUGUAAAUUUGCAUGUCUUUAUAGCAGAAUAGCAAUAGUUGUGAAAAAAGCAUUAGCUAUGCCAGCAACAAAAACUGAAUCAUACCAUUUUUUUAUUUCUUUUUUUUUUUAUAGAGCAUAUCGAGACCUCGAUUUAACAUUUUGGGAUAAAGUUUUCAAAUUAUCUCCAUCUGUUAGCAAAACGUUUCAAACAAUUUAUCUACUAGAAAAUUCUGAAAUAUAUCGGAGCGCUAAAUAGUCAAAUAAAAUCUCUUUAAAUGCUCAGGGGUCUUGCAAUGUGUCUUAAUUAGAUCUGAAAAAAUGUAUACUGCUGUCGCUACAACACUUUGAUAUGUACCCUUCAACACAUCAAAAAUGCAAUAAGCAAAAUAAAACAAAAAGUGGAGCGAUUUUUAGGUGACAAGCCCCACACCAAGUGUAUAUAAAAUGAGAACAAUUAGUAAAAUACUUAUACUCCCCGUAGUUUAGUAUUAACAAAGCCACGGCAGUAUGGUACAUAUAAAAGAGAAAAUAAAUAAUAAUAGUGCAGAUCUGUAUGAAUGGUUUGUGGAAUUUACAUAAAUUGUACCAUAAACACAUGCAUUGUACACAUAUUUAGCAUUUAUCUACUAGAAUUCCCAUGGGUUUUCAUGACUUCUGUAGAUAAACUAUUUGAAAAGUUUUUUUUCCUACAGAUUGCCAUCAUUUUUAAAAACGUAUCCAAAAUAUUACAUUGAGGCCUUUGUUUGCGAUGAGGUUGGGGCAAACUUAACAAAGCGACAUUUUAGAACGUCACAGAUCUGCACAUUUGUGACCCAGCCAUUCUGCUUCUUCUGUAAACUAUUUGCUUUACCAGUACCACAUCAGAGAUGAAUAGAUGAACUAUUUAAAUACCAGGCCAGGCAAAAUGUUGUGGGAUUGUACUACAGGACCGAAGGCUGCCGUUUGCCUAAGCCUGGUCUGUGACAUAGUCCCCUUCCCUUAAGCUGUCUCUAGUGUUCACAGACAUCAGGAUUCAAAUUUGGACACAUUUGUUUUAAUAAUAAAAAGGUGGGGGGGGGGUGAGGGAUGUCUGUGUUAUGUCCGUGAUAUCAGAGGGGCUAAGCGUUGAUGUACCAGGAGAACACAAUUGAUUCUCAAACUUCUCGACAAAGGUUAGACAGAGGCCCAGAGAGACUGCAUCCAAGACUUCUUGUACAGAAAGCUGUACACUAUGCAUAUUGUAUUGCUGAUUUGCAGUGUUCUGUAACUUUCUACUGUUGAAAAAAUCUUCAAUAAAGAUUAUACACUUAAAAAUACACAUACAGUUGCAAGAAAAAGUAUGUGAACCCUUUGGAAUGAUAUGGAUUUCUGCACAAAUUGGUCAUAAAAUGUGAUCUGAUCAUCAUCUAAGUCACAACGAUAGACAAUCACAGUCUGCUUAAACUAAUAACACACAAAGAAUGAAAUGUUGCCAUGUUUUUAUUGAACACACCAUGUAAACAUUCACAGUGCAGGUGGAAAAAGUAUGUGAACCCUUGGAUUUAAUAACUGGUUGAACCUCCUUGGCAGCAAUAACUUCAACCAAACGUUUCCUGUAGUUGCAGAUCAGACGUGCACAAAGGUCAGGAGUAAUUCUUGACCAUUCCUCUUUACAGAACUGUUUCAGUUCAGCAAUAUUCUUGGGAUGUCUGGUGUGAAUCGCUUUCUUGAGGUCAUGUCACAGCAUCUCAAUCGGGUUGAGGUCAGGACUCUGACUGGGCCACUUCAGAAGGCGUAUUUUCUUCUGUUUAAGCCAUUCUCUUGUUGAUUUAUUUCUAUGCUUUGGGUCAUUGUCCUGUUGCAACACCCAUCUUCUGUUGAGCUUCAGCUGGUAGACAGAUGGCCUUAAGUUCUCCUGCAAAAUGUCUUGAUAAACUUUGGAAUUCAUUUUUCCUUCGAUGAUAGCAAUCCGUCCAGGCCCUGAUGCAGCAAAGCAGCCCCUAACCAUGAUGCCCCCACCACCAUACUUCACAGUUGGGAUGAGGUUUUGAUGUUGGUGUGCUAUGCCUUUUUUUCGCCACACAUAGUGUUGUGUGUUUCUUCCAAACAACUCAACUUUAGUUUCAUCUGUCCACAGAAUAUUUUGCCAGUACUGCUGUGGAACAUCCAGGUGCUCUUGUGCAAACUGUAAACGUGCAGCAAUGUUUUGUUUGGACAGCAGUGGCUUCCUCUGUGGUAUCCUCCCAUGAAAUCCAUUCUUGUUUAGUUUUUUAAGUAUUGUAGAUUCGCUAAGAGGGAUGUUAGCAUUUGCCAGUGACUUUUGUAAGUCUUUAGCUGACACUCUAGGAUUCUUCUUCACCUCAUUGAGCAGUCUGCACUGUGCUCUUGCAGUCAUCUUUACAGGACGGCCACUCCUAGGGAGAGUAGCAGCAGUGCUGAGCUUUCUCCAUUUAUAGACAAUUUGUCUUACCGUGGACUGAUGAACAGCAAGGCUUUUGGAUACACUUUUAUAACCCUUCCCAGCUUUAUGCAAGUCAACAAUUCUUAAUCGUAGGUCUUCUGAGAGCUCUUUUGUGCGAGGCAUCAUUCACAUCAGGCAAUGCUUCUUGUGAAAAGCAAACCCAGAACUGGUGUGUGUUUUUUAUAGGGCAGGGCAGCUGUAACCAACAUCUACAAUCUCAUCUCAUUGAUUGGACUCCAGUUGGCUGACAUCUCACUCCAAUUAGCUCUUGGAGAUGUCAUUAGUCUAGGGGUUCACUACUUUUUCCACCUGCACUGUGAAUGUUUACAUGGUGUGUUCAGUAAAAACAUGGCAACAUUUCAUUCUUUGUGUGUUGUUAGUUUAAGCAGACUGUGAUUGUCUAUCGUUGUGACUUAGAUGAUGAUCAGAUCACAUUUUAUGACCAAUUUGUGCAGAAAUCCAUAUCAUUCCAAAGGGUUCACAUACUUUUUCUUGCAACUGUAUGUUGAGAAUUGUUGCUGCACAGAAAAAUAACACCUUUUAUUUUCUCCUCCAGAGGUUUAAAAUUUUUAUAUGCAUUUUUGACUGAGUUGAAGAAUGGAGAAAACCAUAUUCAAACUGCUUUAAGUAAGUAAAGUGCCUUGCAGGACGUGGACAUGUUAGAAGAGGUUGUUAACUCUUAGAAGCUGUUUGCCGUUCUGGUUUGUUACUGUUUGUUUCUUGCCACCUUUACAACAACUCAAUUCUUCAACUGUCUGCACAGCUGAAGCCAUACGUAAUAUUGUUGUAAAGUUUAAAUGUCCAAAAGUAUCAACUGCUUAACUGCAUGGCUCACAGAACAAGACCUCUGAGUGUAAAAAUAUUCUUAAAGAAACACUUCAAGUACCACAAUCACUACAACAGUCUCUGGUGGUUGUAGUGCGUAGAGUACCCUGGCACCCCAAAUUUAAGUAGUCCGAUUGUUGGCUAACAGUUUGACUACUUGACUGGGGUACACUGGAUGCCAGUUACUUCCCCCAUGGAAAGCCAAAAGCUCCUCCAUGGAGCUUCCACUAGUUCUCCUGAUUUAAUCCCUGUUGUGCAGGGCUAGUUAAUUGGUUGAGAACGUCGGGGGGAUAGCUAAGAUCAGAGAGCUUCCAACAAUCAUGGAGGUGUUAACUGGUGCUAGUGGAUCCCAGGUAAGUUGUUAAUUGUCAGACAGUUUGAUGAUUUACAUUUUCCCAAAUCACUCCUGGUACCAUAAUAACUACAGCAUGCUGUAGUAGUUAUGGUGUCUGGAGUGUAUCUUUUUAAGAGCUAACUAAAUUAGUUUUUCGCAGCAGAGCAGACAAACACAUAUGACUAUUGCCAUGCUCCAUGCCAGUUCAUUCUCUGAUGAUGAAUUACACCGUAUUAUCUGGCAGUCUAAUGGACAGCUCUUGCAAACAGAACAAAGUAUAAGUGGAUCUCUGGUUUACCUGUACAAACAGUAGUAUAAUCUACAACAAAAAGUAUGCACAACGUGGAAGUGGAUGUAAUGCACUAGCUCAAAAACACCUGUAAAGUGGUAUCCCCUACACCACUUAAAACAUAGAAUUAUACAUACAUAAAACAAGUGGAGCUUUUAAAUUUCAGCAGGCUUUCUGUGAAAAUAAAAUACGAACAGAAAAUAGUGCAAUAUGUCUGUAACACACUAUAUCAAAAAUAGAUUGGAAGAUAUGUCAAACUCACAAGCCUGGAGUCAUACCCUCAUAUGACUCUGGUGGUAUAAGCCUCUGGACCAUUUGGGGGUUGUCCAGACCCUUCUUUGGCAGCGUGUUGAAUGUUGAGUGGUUCAUUUUGUGCCCUUCUAACUGGUUUCAAAAUAGGGAUAACUACCCAGUGUGUCAGGGUUCUUUAAAAAACAAUUUAUUCCAAAAAAUUAUACAAACAAGAUAUAUAUAGUAAAAAAGAAUACUUAUCCCAGGUAGUACUGGGUAGACUUAAUAGUCCCAAGUUCAAAGUGAUAGUCCAAAACGCGUUUCGCCUUUUCAUAAGGCUUCCUCAGUUGGCUGUUCUAUUUUCCGUCUGUUCUAGUGGCUUUUAAAUGCCUCGUUUGCCGGUUUCACUAGUUCCGUCUUUUACUUCCGGGUUUCGUCACUUCCGGUUUGCGUCUUUUUGGAACGCACCGUGCGUUCCAACAUCAGUUUCGUCAUCGGACUUCCUUGUGUGUGUGAUUCAACAAGCUUUAUUGGCAUAAGGAAGUGUCCCAUGCAUGAGAAAUGAUUCCCAUAGGGACCACUAAGCAGGAAAGUUAGCAUGUCUGCAUAAAGUUCGUGCAGUGUGGGCUCAUACAUAUAAUAUAAUAGUAAAAGUGAAUGGUAAAAGGUGAUUCCUUAUAUUGCACAGUAGGUGAACAAGCUGGAUUGACUAAAAAUUAAAUACAUAAAAAAGGGAGGUAAAAACAUAAUGGAUACUAAAAUGCACAUAAAAAAUAAAAUAAAACUAUACUAAAAAUGCAUAUUAAUUCAUAAAAUGGCAUAAUUCAAAAUCUUUGUUUAAUCCAUACGGUAUCAUAGUAUUAAAAUUAAAAAUAAAUUUCAUUUCCUCCUUCCCUAUCUUCCUAAUAUAGUCUCCUCCUCUCCAAUCUUUUGAUACUUGCUUAAUUGCACUAAAAAACAUUCCUUCAGGGUUUUUUUGGUGUAUAAUUCUGAAGUGAUUGGAGACACUGUGUGACUCCACUCCAUUUUUAAUGUUUCUUGUGUGUUCCGCCACUCUAGUGUUAAGGCUUCGAAUUGUGCGACCUAUGUAAAGGAGGUUGCAGGGACAUUUUAGAACGUAAAUCACUCCCUUGGAGUGGCAGGUAAGGUGAUCUUUUAUUGUGAAUUUCCUAUUGAUGAAGGGUUCUAGAUCUGUUAUAUGUCUUUUUUUAUUUUUAGUAUUCUUGCAUGCUAGACAUUGUCCGCAUCCAUAGAAUCCUUUGUCGAUUGAAAAUAAAUUUUUCUUUAUUUUUGUUUCUCUAUUGCAACUUUGUACUAGGGUAUUUUUAAGGUUCUUGGCUCCCCUAAAAAUUAUUUUUGGUUUAUCGGGCAGAAUAUUUGGCAUAUCCUACGAGAUGAUCCAGUUCUCAAAAAUAUUCUGCCCGAUAAACCAAAAAUAAAUUUUUAGGGGAGCCAAGAAUCUUAAAAAUACCCUAGUACAAAGUUGCAAUAGAGAAACAAAAAUAAAGAAAAAUUUCUUUUCAAUCGACAAAGGAUUCUAUGGAUGCGGACAAUGUCUAGCAUGCAAGAAUACUAAAAAUAAAAAAAGACAUAUAACAGAUCUAGAACCCUUCAUCAAUAGGAAAUUCACAAUAAAAGAUCACCUUACCUGCCACUCCAAGGGAGUGAUUUACGUUCUAAAAUGUCCCUGCAACCUCCUUUACAUAGGUCGCACAAUUCGAAGCCUUAACACUAGAGUGGCGGAACACACAAGAAACAUUAAAAAUGGAGUGGAGUCACACAGUGUCUCCAAUCACUUCAGAAUUACACACCAAAAAAACCCUGAAGGAAUGUUUUUUAGUGCAAUUAAGCAAGUAUCAAAAGAUUGGAGAGGAGGAGACUAUAUUAGGAAGAUAGGGAAGGAAGAAAUGAAAUUUAUUUUUAAUUUUAAUACUAUGAUACCGUAUGGAUUAAACAAAGAUUUUGAAUUAUGCCACUUUAUGAAUUAAUAUGCAUUUUUAGUAUAGUUUUACUUUUCUUUUAUGUGCAUUUUAGUAUCCAUUAUGUUUUUACCUCCCUUUUUUAUGUAUUUAGUUUUUAGUCAAUCCAGCUUGUUCUCUUACUGUAUAAUAUAAAGAAUCACCUUUUACCAUUCACUUUUACUAUUAUAUUAUAUGUAUGAGCCCACACUGCACGAACUUUAUGCAGACAUGCUAACUUUCCUGCUUAGUGGUCCCUAUGGGAAUCAUUUCUCAUGCAUGGGACACUUCCUUAUGCCAAUAAAGCUUGUUGAAUCACACACACAAGGAAGUCCGAUGACGAAACUGAUGUUGGAACGCACGGUGCGUUCCAAAAAGACGCAAACCGGAAGUGACGAAACCCGGAAGUAAAAGACGGAACUAGUGAAACCGGCAAACGAGGCAUUUAAAAGCCACUAGAACAGACGGAAAAUAGAACAGCCAACUGAGGAAGCCUUAUGAAAAGGCGAAACGCGUUUUGGACUAUCACUUUGAACUUGGGACUAUUAAGUCUACCCAGUACUACCUGGGAUAAGUAUUCUUUUUUACUAUAUAUAUCUUGUUUGUAUAAUUUUUUGGAAUAAAUUGUUUUUUAAAGAACCCUGACACACUGGGUAUUAUCCCUAUUUUGAAACCAGUUAGAAGGGCACAAAAGGAACCACUCAACAUUCAACACGCUGCCAAAGAAGGGUCUGGACAACCCCCAAAUGGUCCAGAGGCUUAUACCACCAGAGUCAUAUGAGGGUAUGACUCCAGGCUUGUGAGUUUGACAUAUCUUCCAAUCUAUUGUUGAUAUAGUGUGUUACAGACAUAUUGCACUAUUUUCUGUUUGUAUUUUAUUUUCACAGAAAGCCUGCUGAAAUUUAAAAGCUCCACUUGUUUUAUGUAUGUAUAGUAGUAUAAUCUAGGUGGACAAAAAUGCUAUUGCAAUAAUCUGUAAAUAAAUAACAAUAACUCUUAGUACAAUUUAUCUCUCAUUUAUUCGAAUUUGUGACUACCAUCUGCACUAAGAGUUAUUGUUAUUUAUUUACAGAUUAUUGCAAUAGCAUUUUUGUCCACCUAGAUUAUACUACUGUUUGUACAGGUAAACCAGAGCUCCACUUAUACUUUGUUCUGUUUGCAUGUACUGUGUUGUGAAGGUUAAGGGAUUCCUUCACUUAAGUGUUAGAGCCUGCUUUCACCUUGCUGUUUUUGAGUGCACUUUCUUAUUUUUGUAAUGGACAGCUCUGGCCAGAAUCUUACCUUCAUUGAAACUUUAACAACCUCAGUGCCUGUCAUCUGUAAUGCUCAUAUGCUCAAUGUAAGCAGUGUUUCAGCAUCAAUUUAAAAGCCUUCCUAGACGUGCCUGUUGCAGCAAGAGGGCAUGAAAAUUUCAUGGUAAUGCCCAUGACUUUGUAGUAAGACCCUUUUAUGAUCAGAUGUCCAGUUACCUUUGGGCAUGUAGUGUAAUUACCAAAUUGAAUAGUCUCUAGUGGGAAUAAGCUAAUCUCUCUAGAGAAGUAGUGACAGAAGGAACUUGUUUUGUAACUGAAUGUAAACAUAACCAGUUAUUUCAUUCUAUGUUUCUAGGUAACGCAUAUGGUAAAACAUUAAGCCAAUAUCACGGCUGGGUUGUCCGUGGUGUAUUUGCGGUGAGUGCAUUAUUACUGUAUGGUCUGUGGAUGAAUAUGGUUUUUAGACUUUAGAGACCUAUCUGAUUUCCAAGAAAAAGCACAUUAUAGAGUUAUGUAGAAACGAAGGUUUGGAGAAAUCGUAGCAGUUUAUUUAUUUUGUUUUGAGUCGUAAUCCACCUAGUAUUUUGCAUAUUCCUUAGGGAAGAGCACCCCAUUUCACUGAGUCUUUAAGGUGUGAGUUAUUGUCACAAGAACUGAAUCUUCCUUUUUAGCAUUAUGAUCUGGUCCUAAUGACUGCAAUGUAUUCCGGUAACUGUCCAGAACCAAAUGCUUUGUGAUUUGGAUUUAAUGCACUUCCACCCAAAUGAUAGAUCUUAGAAUUAUGUGCAAACAUAGCAAUGAGGAAUGCAUUUUCAGAUUUUAGCACAUAGGGAUGAGUGGAUCUGUCGGUGAUAGUUUUGGUUUGGUUUUUUUGUAAUGUUUUUUUUAUAUUGACCCGUGUCAUAAAAUAGUUAUCUGUGGUUAUGUUGGGGAACCAUGAAAACAUGACAUACAUUUCAAGGGAAGCCGCUACAUUCCAAUAGCUAGAGGGUUAUAGCUGUGUAUUAGAGCUCAAUCUGAAGUUUGUUGGGGAGAUAAAGGGGUACAUUUUAUCAAUAAUUUGUAGGUUUGGGGCUAAGGAAAUAAAAGCAUUAAAUGGUCAGCAGUGAUUGAGUAGAAAAAAAUCAUUUGGUAGGUGCAGUGCGAGAUAGGAGUAUAUGAGAGAGAGCUGAAUCAUUCUAGUAACCAACUGGGAUUUAAAACUCAUGUUUAACUCUACUUACAGCUGGCCCUGAGAGCAGCCCCGUCAUACAAUGGAUUUGUUGCUGCUCUUACUGUUAAAGAAGGCAGUGGGGAGUUCUUUGAUGCCAUGCAGAGAGAUCUGAACAUCUACCUACCUGCCAUGGAGAAGCACCUCUGCCUUCUGGACUCUUUGUAUGAAGAACAUGGGUUGGAGUCUGAUGAAGUGGUAUGACAAGCAACAGCAUCUCUCAAAUUCAGGGAUUUGGAACAUCACAAAGGAGUGCAAUUUCACCUUAUCGGCUGUAUGCAUGAGCAGCCUCUGUUGUUGCUACAAUAUCGCAAAAAAAAAAGAUGGCUAAAACACGUACAUCACAUGACAUCUGUAGCUUUAUUCUGCUUGGCAAAGAAGUUCUCAUGGACUUAUGUUCUUUAGCAUGUUGUCUUCACCCAGGGGAUCAAGCUUUAUGCUUUAUGUAGCAGCUCUAUCCAGGAACAAAUGAGAGAAAUACAGAACUUGAAUAACUCUUGUUAAUGAUUGUGGCACAUAUUUAUUGAGAAUGAAAAUUCACAAACUUGUGUAAUUUGUGACUUGUUUAUAGUGUCAUUUUAUAUAUAUUUUUUUUACAUUUAAUUGUAUUUGUUUUAAUUUAAUGGAAAGGGUGAUAGAAAGAUGAACCGUAUGAAGAUACGUCUGAAAAUGGGACUUUAGGAUUUUGUUUGCUAAACGUUCUCUACCAGUCUGGAUUUUUCUGCUUAUUUGCACUAAUCAGGGAUCCAUGUGUCAAAAUACUUUGGUCAUGUUCUGCAAACCAUCUUUCAGAGUGUCAUCAGUUUUGAUAUGUUAAUCAUUGGAGGCCAAAAUAGACCUUUUAAGACUGAGGGCUGGUAAUUAUAUGCCUACUACACCAUACCAAAUCUUCAAAAUAGUCCUCCAACUGGUGGUGCUACUGAACUCCAACUAAUAUGGCUGGUUCCUUGCACAUGGACUUAGAGAUCAUCAAUUCUAGACCAAAUGUCAGGGUGCUCAGGACUGUUUAUUUAAAAGCUCAUUCUUUGUGAUGAAAAUCAUUUUCAAAUCAUCAGAUCUGCUUGAAGUACUUUAUGCUGGAUGUACCUUCCUAUCUGUUUUAUUCAAUAUUAGGGUUACAAACUGAAUCCUCAAGGGCCCAUAUCCUGUCCCGGUUUUAGAUUUCUUUCCUUUAUGUGUAGUCAAAGUGCUAAUCUUAAAAUUUGAUUUGAUCUGGAGCCAUCAUAAUGAAGUUUAUUAAUCUGAAAGCCUGGUGUUUUUUGAGGCCCUCUGGACUGGAGUUUGUAUACUAGAUGACUAUUGAUCAUAUGACAGGGUAAUCAAAUACAGCUUUUAAUGCAAUCUUGAUGACCUUCCAUAGUGUCUUUCUUAACGGGAAACUAUAGUGCCAGACCUUUGUCGCGCAGCGCCCCCUCCCCACCCCUUGGUGCAGAAGGGGUUAAAAACUCUUCUGUCACUUACCCGAGUCCAGCACUGAUGUCCCUCAGCGCUGGUUCAGGUUUCACCUCUGCUCCUGGCGGCGGGGGAGACCUAAUGCACAUGCACGGCAAUGGACAUGCUCUCAUUAGUAUUUCCCCCAUAGGAAAGCAUGGAUAAUGUGAAAUGUCCUAUGGUCCUAAUAAACUUGCCAACAUGACACCUGAAGUCAGCAGAAUAGCAUUUGGGGUUUUUAUCAUUAACUUGUCACUGCUAACCUAUAUGUAUAUCUGGAGCGAAUAAUAUAAAGAUGUAUAAUAAUUCCAAAUAGGUAUAUUUUGCUAAAUUGUUAUUUUACAAAUAUACUUUGUAUUCAGCAACAGUUUGGUUAUUUACAGCAUCAGGUUAUUAUGUAUUUAUUUGGUUAUUGUACCAGAGGGUGAAGGCUGAUCUAAAACUCCCAAAAAAGUACAAGGAAGUAAAGGGAAAAGCAUUGAUUUGAACUGGAGAUCAUCCGGACAGAUGAUCUCACUGUGGGAGGAGUGGCUGCUUUGAAAAGGGGGAGACGUAUUCCAGAUAUGGAACGCUGUCAUUAAAACUGAAUGUCUAUUUUUAUUGUUAAAUUGUUCACUUAAAGGAAAACUCCAAAUACCAUAACCACUACAGCCUACUGGUGCCCUUCCAGUGUAAAACGUCAAACCAUGUAAGAAAGGCUUGAUUGCUUACCUGGGAUUCAGAGGUUCUCAGCAGACCCCAGGUAAGUUGUCGAAGUGUUCUCAAACAGUUUGCCUACUUAUACGUGGAGGACACCACGGUUCUCCUGGCACUCUCAUCGCUACAGUAUGCUAUAGUGGUCAUGGUUCUUGUAAUGUUCCAUUAAUAGAGCUCACUUCACUACUGAGGAAGUGCAAUGACACAGCUUUGUGCUAUAAGUUGUGCUUUUAUUUUUCAUAACUGUCAGGGUUAUUUUAGUGUGCGUGAUUGCUAAUACUCCAGUUUGCUACAAAUGCAAAAAUUCUCUGCCACAAAGUGGCUUCUGAUGCACAUUAGGCUAUAUAUUUGAGUAAGCAGCUACCUGCAGGCCCUAUAUCUCAGAGGAACUCCCC